AUGGCGCUGAGUCAAAAGCCCGGGAAAAAGGUAAGAAAAAUGGCCGCGGCAUAGAAUAAAGGGCGGGACGCAUCUCUAUGGAGACGCUAGGGAAACAGAUUGUGUAUAGAGAAGCUAAGCGGCUGAACGGACCGGCAAAAUGCUGGGAGCCGUGGCGAAAGUGUCAGUGCACUAGAUUUAAACUGACAGCACAAUAUAAUUAAAGUGAAAGAAAUCUGAAGUAAUCUGAAGUUGUGGGCUGACUAGAAUGUCAGCCCAUGUAACAUUUGUUAAUAAAAGGAGCAAAAAUUGCACAUAAAUAGAAUUGAAGAAACAGAAAAAAAUAUGAAAUAUAUUCAAAUGAUAUUAAAGUGAUAAUAAUCAGCUAAAUUGAGCAUUAAUAGGGAUAUAAUUAGAAUAGACUCACCUGGGAGGCUAAGCAGCAAAGAAAGAGGAAUUGGGAGGAGCCUGAUGGCAGUUUAUAUUACUGUGAUGCAUGCUGAUUGGCUAAACUUUUUACACUGAUUGUUAACUGUUUCUUUGCUGCUGGGAGUUACAGUAAAGAAAGAUAAGCAAAUAUGAAGCCUCCUGUCUUGCCAUAAAAUUAAGUAUGCAAAUUAGCAUGGACAGUAUUUUCUUUUCUUUUCUUUUUAGAACUGUAUGGUAUUGUAAGAUAAAAAUAUGCUGUAAGUAAUUACCAUAUUUUACUAUUUACAUGACGUAAAGUCAUGAUUUUAUUAACGACACGGAGGCGAGUAUUAUGCUGCACUCUUUCUUUAUUUCCCUCAGCAGCAAAGAAAAACUUUAACAAUGAAAUGAACACAGGAAACAGUCAGUAACAUAUAUCUUCCACGGCAACCAACAGCCAAUCAGGUUCCACUUUCCAGUAUAAUAGGCGGUAUUCCCUGAACUAUUUCCUCUUUCUUGCGAUCCCGAACUUGGCCAUAAUGUCAAGGGGUCCAGACGCCAAUCUCUGAAGUCUUCGAGGUGACCGGAGUACCAAUACACUGUGAUGUUGGAUAGUCCGGAAAAACUUUCACCCUACGGUAGCUUUUGCGGACCGGCAAUAAAUUGCUGCAAAAUAUAUCCUUGGUGCUAUGAGAAAUGUGCCUUCCUCUCCCCUGGGGAACUCUAACCUGCAGCUCCUUCAGGUUCUCCUCUCGCGAGCUUGGAGUGUUGCCGCGAUUAACGCUCCGAAUCUCGCAAGAGUGAACUCUAGCAGCUCCUGAGGCUGCUAGUGUUCACUCUCACCACUGCGACCACUGCAGGCGAUGUCCACUCGUCCAGGCAAAGGUAACCAGAGAGGGGGGAUAUCAAAAUAACUUAUUUUUUAUUUAUUUAUUUUUUAAAUUUUUUUUAUAAAAAAUAUAUAUAUUUACUAAUCUACCAUCCAACCCCAUAGAACCACAAUCAUUAUCCCCCCCAUACACACACACAGCCCCCCAAACACACACAUUACCCCCAUACACACACUACCCCCCGAAACACACUCUAACCCCCUGAUACACACACACACUGCCCCCUAUAUACACAGUGCCCCACACACACACACACACACUGCAUCCCUCACACAUACCAUUGGGUUUUUAUUUUUGGCUGACGACGGUCCACAAAAUAUUUCUCCUCUUUUCAUCUUCCCCGGGUGCUAAAAGGUUGGAUAACCCUGCCCUAAAAGACUGCAAUGAUGUAGUGUCUUCUAUGUUCUCCUGGGGUAAGGGUCUAGGAGAUGAUUUGAAUAUUUUAAAAACUGCUACUCUUUUUACACAUUCUCAAGGUUUCUGGCAUCUGUGCAACUGGCACAUGCAUAGCAGUUUGCAUGAUGAGGUUCUAUGGUACACUGGGGUUUUCCAGUGUACAAGGUGACCCCCCCCAACCAAACACACAAUACACUUUAAAAAAAUAUAUAUUCAUACAGAUGCGUUGCAUUUCCCAUCUCUUUGUGUUCACAUUCCACUCACUGUCAAUUUAAUGAUCUACAGCCUCUGGUAGAGGUUACCUAGCAGAGUUACUGAUUUGCAGAUACAUUGAUAACACAGGAACAAAGCUGUCCUGAUUUAUCUUUUCACCUGUAUUUGCAGAGCUGUUAAGCUGGUCAGUGGCAGACAGACACACUCCAUGCAAUCACAAGUAAGUCACAGAGAUAUUGACUAAUGCCAUAUUAAAGGAGACUGUUAAAAAUCUAUCCAGCCUGCAUACAGCUUGUUUGACUUAUCCUUGUUUGACAUACCAGUUGCUGUAAAAUCGCUUAUCUUUAUCAUUAGCAAUUUGCAUUUCCCUAAAGGGAAUAUUUCUCCAAGAAAAAAAAAAAAAGAAAGAAAUGGCAUAUACCAAACCAAACAGACUGCAGGCACAUACACAUACUAUUACUAUUGUUUUUUAAUAUAUCAUUUUUUAAUUUUUGUUUUUGAAAUAUAUAUUUCUAGUUCUUUAGAAAUGUCACCAGUGAGUGCCACUAGGUCCAUUGGAUAGGAAACGUUUAAUUUGGUUUUAGCAUAGCAGCUGCUGCAAAGAAUAUUUCCCUUUUGGCUAAGUAUUAUGGGAAACAUUGUUCUUUAUCAUUGCAGUGCCAACAUCUAUCCACUAUUGACCUAUGACGACUUUUUACAGAUCUUUCACGGAUGGAUAUAGCCAAAUCACUGUAGUGUUUCUGAGUACACUGCAUGUCAAUAGGCAUUAUGGGGCUAUUAUGUUGAAAAUACUAUGCAUAAUUCAUACACUGCUGGAGCAAACAGAGGCCUUUCUUCAUAAAUUGGCUUGUCUGGACUGGUGUUUUGAUAAAUUAAUGGAAGAUAUAAGCAAUUAUGAAAAACCUUGAGUACCUACUCUCCAUUUUUUUUUUUUGUCUACAAAUUCUCCUUUGUGUUUUUAUACCACCGCCUGAUGAAAUUGCUCUUUGUCUCUACUAACCUUUACUGCUGCGAUUCAAUAGCAAUGUUUAACUCUCCCCCUCUCUCUCUUUCACUCUGUCGUUCUAGUAAGUGUAAUUGGGAUUAACACUUGGAAAGAUUUAAGCUUUUAAGGAAAUGUUUUUAUUAUAUUUCCCUUGUUUGUUUGUUUUUGUUUUUUUUUUAUUAAAAAGUCACCCUGAUUGAAAAAUGUACCAACACAAUUCCUGUUUAUAUUUUUCAAUAUUCUAUUAUUAUGCUAUAUAAUGACAAUCCCUGUCAGAGCGUUAAACAAUUUUGAUAUACUUCCCUAAUGCUAACUACAGAAUACAAUAGAGUUUUAAAAAAACUCUCUGUGGCAUCAGCUACGUCGUAGAACUCUACUGCGGAUAUAUAGCAACUUCCAUACCUGUAUAUACAUGCCAUGCAAUUAUUUGUGUGGCCAAUGAAAAGCCUCAUUUCCCUAUACCAGUGAUUUCAUUGAGGGGUGGGCUUGUAAGUAAAAUUUGAAAAUGUCAUAAUCUUGAAGGUUAAGAAAGCACGUGUCAUUAAGUUGUAUAAUGAAACAUACCUUACAUUCAGCUCAUUACGGGCUAAAUAAAUACUGUCCUGAUAUAAUAUUUAUUAGUAGAUUCUCGUUUGUAAAUGUUUAAACCGUUAGACCUUACUAUGCAAAAGCAAGAAUAUCCCAUGUUCCAAAUAUUUAAAGUUUUGUUUUUGUUUUUUUUCCCUGUUAAAAGAGGCUACAUCUUUAAAAACUCCGGAAAAAAAUCUGUCCGAUCAUUGUGUGACUCUCAGUUUGGCGGCUAGGUGCUGAAUGAUAACAAUAAGUAACUAUUCUGCUAUCUGCUGACCAAAGAACACAUGAUUUAUACUCCCAGCUGCAGCAAUGUAAAACAUGUAAUGAAAGUAUAAUAGUGUCUGCAUUAUCUUUUAAUAUUCACAUUAAUAUAUUUUGUAGAUUUCUUAACUGAGAUUUGAUGUUUCAAAUGGUCAAAGAGGGACACUUUAAUUUUAGUGGCGUUAAUGGGAGUAUGGACAGGGGAAUGGGCAGGGAAAUUCUAGGUGCCUUACUAAGCAUUUAUGUAACUAAAAUGUCAUUUAGACAGCCACAAUGUAACUUAUUUACACAAACUGAUUUCUAAACCCAUUUAUUGUAGUUUAACCAAUUAAGAACAGGGACAAUAGUACAAGUUCUGACCAAAACAAAACUUGGAAUUUGACUAUAUGUCUGUUCAACCAUAAUUUACCUAUUUUAUAUUAAGUGCACCCAAACUUAUUAUAUAUUAUUUUGUUCAGGUGAAAUAGGGCUUUCAUUUCACAUCAAAUAUUUAUAUAUUGAACAUAACUAAAUAUGAAUACAAUCUAAAACAAGGGUGUGAGAAAUUAAGAUAAGUUGUUUUACAAGUUCUGCGUGGCAUUUUAACUGUGAAUGUCAUAAUACUGUUCGCUUUCUUCCUCAAUAAAUUACAGGUAUUUGUAUGCUGUGAUGUCCCACAAGUACACUAAGACCCCCCACAUACAGGUUUCCUGGUGUUUUGGACAGUUACAAGGUCAAAUAAAGCUUGACCAUAUCAUUUUUAACACUUUGGAAUUUGGCAGGUUGAUUUGCUGGGCCUAUGUUGUAAUUGAGACCUUAUGGCAGUCCAGGACUGAAAAUUGCCCCCGUGAUGGCAUAUCAUUUUUAAAAGUAGGCCCCCCCAGAGUAUCCCAAGUGGGGUAUUUUGAGUUGUUUGGUCUAGCCACUUUCUGGUGGCUAAGAGUAACAUAAACAGAGUCAUGCUGAGGUUAGGGGAUACAGAAAUCAGAGUAGUCACUAAAACAAAACCAAUAAGUAGGUGCAGGCAGUUGACAUAGAGUAAUCAGGACAAGCUGUGGUCAGGAAUCCAGAAUAACAUAACGAGUCGCAUAUAGAGUGUUCUGAAGUAGUAGUUUAACUCUGUAUGGUACACUUUAAAACAUUCAGAUGCCCAUAGGCAGGUAGAAAUGGCCACUAAGGGCAAUAACAUGUAGAGUCCCUCCUAACACCUUUUUAGUAGCAGACUCUACACUUUUUCUGGGGUGACUUUUUGUGUCCUAUAGGGGGGAAUCUACUUUGGAAGUGUCUGUCACAGAAUCUUCGGACAUCUUGACGUCAAUGACGAGGGAUUAGGGGGCUGGCAAAAUAAAAUAUCAGACAAAAGCUUCAGGUUAAACUCCAAGAAAGUGUAUUGCUUCUCUGUGGCUGCAUUUUUGUACAGUAUUUAGUGAUUAUAUACUGCAAUCGGGACAAGGAAGGUGGCAACUUCUUUGUUGUAUUCAACAAUGCACUUUUGUCUUCUCGAUUUGUGCAUUGCUUCUACAGACUGACCCUGGCACUGUGCUUUCGUCAUAAAGUGUUGAUAACAUGUACAUGUCCUUUUUGCCUGUGCACCCUGGGGCCAGCACCUCAUCAUGGCGCAAAGCAGUUGUUGUGCCUUUGUGGUUUUUGCCAGCAAUCAGUUUCUGGGAGAAACCUUUACGGUUCUACUUCACUGUGGCACUGGGGUAUAAAUAUAUAUAUUUUUUAUUUAUUUACUUUUUAAAAAAUAAAUUUAGAAUGGUAUAAAUAUGAAUUAGCCAUAUUCAUAAGAGGAAGAGAUACUAUACAAUUCUGUCCCUAUAGAAUCAGAGCAUCCUGUCGGAUCUCAUUGACUGUCUUUUCCUGCAUAUAUGCCAAAUGUCCAGUUAUACCCAGUGUUGCAUUUACACAACUUAUAAAAUAUUAUUCCAUACCGAGCUCGCUUUGAUGGAAUUAACUGCUUGAAAAGCAGUCUUCCCUUGAGCAUCAAAAGGGACUUAUGUAUGCUGAUAUUUUGGUCAGGUGAAAAUGUUUUCUGCAAGUGAUCAAUUGGGGCCUAAUUUUUGUGUUGAUGGUCAUACUUUGUGCCAUUACUUUGGGGCACUGGGUGUUAUCACUGAAAUGGAGGAAACUAUGAAGCUAUGUAUACCUAUCCCUCUUUUUCCAGGGAUUAUUAAGAGGCAUAGCUAGAAUGGGGUGCUUAUGCCAGUAACUCCUAAUACUGUUUUUCUUUUUUUCACAAUACCCAUUACUAGCAUCGGUGCCCAAAACCUCCACAUGUCAGUGCUGUCAGAGGGGUGUCACAUAUUAUUUCUGCUGUAGUGAGAAUUGGGAUUGGCAGCUAUAGAAGGGCAUACAAAUUUGUUUGUUUAGCCAUAAGCUCAUCAUAAACAGGCUAAAAUAGUUUUCUGUCUCACAAUAAUAAACACUUGUUAUACCAGCGGCUGCCAAAAAUGGAGUACUUCAGUGGUACCCAGUUAUGCUCAGACACAGUGCAUUGUUACGAGCUCCUUCUGGAUGAUGUUAAUGUGGGAGCCCCAUCACCAGAAGGCUAAUUAAAGUGCUCUACAUUUGACGCAGUAAGUGUCUCACUGCCAGGUCAAAGGGGUCACUCUCCCACCAAAUAAAAAAUACUACACCAAUCAGCAGAAUAUAGAUGUUUUCAAACUGGAACAAUCUAAAAAACAAAAGUACAUUACAUAGUGCAGACAGUAAACACUUAAAAAUCAGCCCCUAUGUAGGAUAUAACUCACAGGAUGUAGAGCCUUCCGAGGCUCUAUGUAAUGAGCUAGGGUGCCUGAACAGGCUAAAUCGACAUCCUAGAAGGAGAGUAGCACAAGAAUGGACUAAAAUAUAACAUACAUUUAUUGGAUAUAAAAAGGGACAAUUCAGCAGUGAUACAAAGAAGUAUAAAAAGGCAUGUAGCCUAAUGGACACCGCAAAGUAAUUAAAAAGUCCCAAAGUUCAGUUUAAAAUAAACAUAAACAAAACAGCAAACAUGUUUCAGCUCCCGCUGGAGUCUUCCUCAAGUACGCAAAAAAUCACAACUGAACACAACAAGCGCUAAAGGGAACUGAAACAGAAACCACGAUAGGGCAGGGAGUUAAGGGAGAGGUAAGUAUAAAUACCCUAGCAUUUAAUUUGAUUGGCCCCUGUCAUAUCCACGCCCCCUAUAUGUGAGUGUAUGGGGAAUGUGGGAUGACAGGGGCCAGUGGGAGACCGUUUUAGUUUUUGGCUCCCACUGUCCCUUUAGGAGCGUGCCCGAGACGCACGGUGCGCUCUUAGAGCUAGGCGGGACACGUGACCGCAUCUCGCGGUCAGUGCCCGCUGUCAUCUGAACCCUGAGCGAGCAGCGCGCGGCGGGAAUAGAGGACCACGGCAGGCCCCCGGAUAAGGUAAGUACCGCUACAGUACCCCCCCCCUGAAGACACGCCCACCGGGCUGGGAGGACCAGGCCUGGCAGGAAAACGAGAAUGGAAGGAAGGCACAAGGCGAGGAGCGUGAACAGUGUCAGCGGAAAUCCAGCUGUGUUCCUCAGGACCAUAACCCUUCCCAUGCACCAGGUACUGGAGGCGACCCCUGAGAAAAUGAGAGUCAAGCACAGCAGCUACUUCGAAUUCUUCAUGACCCUCCACAGAAACAGGAGGAGGAGGAGGAGGAACACGCCGGGUAUAACGGUUACACAGGAGGGGUUUCAACAAGGAGACGUUAUGAAUACGUAGGUUUCCAGGAAGAUCCAAGGCAUACGAAACAGGAUUAACUUUAUGUAAGAUAUGAAAAGGACCGAUAAAACGAGGAGCCAACUUCAUAGAAAGCACACGAAGGCGGAUAUUGCGAGUGGAAAGGGUUUGGCUUUCCACUCGCAAUAUCCGCCUUCGUGUGCCUUCUAUGAAGUUGGCUCCUCGUUUUUUUUCCCCACGACAUAGCAUGGAGCCGCCCUGCGAUGCUUGUCAGCUUGAACCUUUUGGCGAGCAGCGGAGUCCACCAAAGAACGCUGAACCUGCUCCCAAGUAGUACGCAAACCAGCAAAAUGUUCAUCCAGAACUGGCAUGCCCUGUAAGGAGAAUGCAGCUGGAAGAACAGGAUGCCGGCCAUAAACAACGUAGAAAGGGCUUUUACCAGAAGAUUCAUGAGCAGCGUUAUUACAAGCAAACUCAGCCCAAGGAAGAAGGUCAGCCCAAUUGUUCUGAUGGUGGGAUACGAAACAACGAAGAUACCACUCUAGGGAUUGGUUGGCACGUUCAGCAGCUCCAUUAGACUGGGGGUGGUAAGCGGAGGAAAACGAGAGAGAAAUACCCAUCUCUGAACAAAAGGCUUUCCAGAAUCUGGAAAUAAAUCGGCUACAAUCGAUACAGGAAUACCAUGCAACCGAAACACCUCCCUGGCGAAGAUAGAAGCAAGUUCCCUGGAUGAGGGCAAUUUGGCAAGAGACACAAAAUGAGCCAUCUUAGAAAAUCGAUCCACUAUCAUCAGGAUGACUGUUUUACCAUUCGAAGAAGGCUAUUCAACAAUAAAAUCCAUGGAUAGAUUUGACCAAGGCCUCUCGGGUAUGGGCAAGUAGUACAUGCCUGAACGUAAAUCAGUGACAUCCUUGCGUAAGGAAGCCCACCAAAAAUAUCUUGAAAUAGCUGUUAAGGUUUUGGAAAUACCAGGAUGUCCAGCAGUUUUGGUGUCAUGAUAUAAUGACAUAAUGUCCGUCUUUCGGGAACAUCAACGAACAGUUUAUCAGCAGGUCUCUCUCUGGGUGCCAUGUUUUGUUUAGCCUGUAUAACUUGCAAGAGUGAAGAAGAAAUAGAUAGAACGUAGCAACUAUUAUUCUGUCCGGGGGAAUGACAUGGGUAUCAUCAAACUCUUGUUUGUCGGUAGUUUCAAAUUGUCUGGACAGAGCGUCGGCUUUAGUGUUACGAUCACCUGGUCUGUAGGUGAUGAUAUAAUUGAAAUGAGAUAAAAACAGUGACCACCUGGCCUGCCUAGAAGACAAUCGUUUGGCUUCACUAAGGUAGGAAAGGUUUUUGUGACCCGAAAAAAUGAGGAUGGGAUCCUUAGUACCCUCUAAAAGAUGUCUCCACUCCUUAAGUGCUAAAAUAAUAGCAAGGAGUUCUCGAUUGCCUAUGUCAUAAUUCUUUUCGGCUUUGGACAUCUGCUUGGAAAAAAAGCCACAAGGAUGUAAUGGCUUUUCAAGUGAUUCUCUUUGAGAUAAGACAGCACCUACCCCAAUAUCUGAAGCAUCAACUUCAAGAAUAUAAGGCAAAGAAAGGACAGGAUGCUGUAAAAUAGGAGCAGAGGCGAACGCAGUCUUAAGAAAUUCAAAAGCCUCAAGCGCCUCUGGGUUACGAGUAUUGCCAUCCUUUUUAGUCAUACGGGUUAUAGGCGCUACAAUAGAAGAAAAUCCUUUAAUAAAGCGUCUAUAAUAGUUAGAAAAGCCAAGAAAACGCUGAAUGGCUUUCAGACCUUGAGGUAGAGGCCAUUCUAUGACAGCAGAAAGCUUCUGGGGAUCCAUACGAAAACCCUUAGCAGAAAUUAAAUACCCCAAAAACUGGACUUCGGAUUGAUCAAAUAAACAUUUUUCUAGUUUACAAUAAAGACCAUUAACAAGAAGGGUUUUCAAAACUGUUUUAACAUGCAUGUGAUGAGUAUGCAAAUCUGUUGAAUAUAUUAAUAUGUCGUCCAAGUACACUAUUACAAAUGUGUGAAUGAACUCUCGUAAUACGUCAUUAAUAAAUUCUUGAAACACUGCUGGGGUGUUACAAAGACCAAAUGGCAUCACAGUGUACUCGUAAUGACCACUCCUAGUAUUGAAUGCAGUUUUCCAUUCAUGGUCCUUUUUUAUACGUAUUAGAUUGUAUGCACCUCUAAGGUCUAGUUUAGUAAAUACAGUAGCAUGUUUUAGCCUGUCAAAUAAUUCCAUGAUUAAAGGUAUAGGGUAAGCAUUUUUAUGGUGAUUUUAUUUAGACCCCUAUAAUCGAUACAAGGUCUUAAAUUGCCCUCCUUCUUCGACACAAAGAAGGACCCAGCCCCUGCUGGAGAAGAGGAUCUCCUUAUAAACCCCUUUUGUAGAGAUUCUUUAAUAUAUUCCUCCAUGACAUGGUUUUCUUGAGGAGACAAAGGAUACACCCUGCCUUUGGGAGGUAUAGUGCCAGGCAAUAAAUCAAUAGCAUAAUCGUAGGGUCUAUGAGGCGGUAAUUUUUCAGCCUCCCUUUUAUCGAAGACAGGCUUAAGAGACAUGUACUGAGGAGAUAUAACAGUAGACAAAGGAGGAGUAGUAGGAACAUUAAUAGAAUUUAAAGGGGUGAUUUUAACGAUACAAGACUCUUGGCAGGUCUCGCUCCAAUAUACUAUUUGUCCUGACUCCCAGUCAAAAAUGGGAUUGUGAGAACGUAACCAUGGGUACCCUAACACAAUGUGAGAGGAAGGAGAGGUGAUGACCUGAAACCGAAUGGUUUCUGAGUGUAACAUCCCUGUAUACAUAUGCAACGGUUCAGUUUCAUGUGUAAUAACUGGGGAGCAUAAUGGUCUACCAUCUAUGGCCUCAACGACCAAGGGUGUCUUCUUCUCUCUAAUGGGUAUGUUGUGUUUCCUAACAAAACCAGAAUCUAUGAAAUUCUCAGCUGCCCCGGAAUCAACCAGGGCUAGUAUGUUCCCAGCUAUGCAAUUCUUUUCCAGAUGCAGAGAAACAGGGAGAAGUAAUCGGUUAAGAGGCAAUUUUGGGGACUUAGAUAUCACACCCAAGGCCAGUCCCCUAUAUGGCCUUAGGUGCGAUAGUUUUCCAGAAGCACGGGACAUUCUUAUAGCAUAUGACCCUUCCUACCACAGUACAGGCAAAGUCCCUCCUUUUUCCUAUACAAUUUUUCAGCAUCAGAGAGUUUGGCAACCCCUAAUUGCAUGGGUUCCUCCUCUGAUACCUUGAAACUCUCAGGAUUAGCAACUCUAGGAGUAUUUAAUGUAACCAAACGUCUAUUCCUAUUCUUAGUAUAGAGUCUGUCACAAAUCCUAUUGUCUAUAUCAAUGAGAUAGUCGAUAAGGUCCUCUAAUGGGAUAGGAAGAUCCCUAGCCGCUACCUCAUCCAAUAUAGUGUCAGAUAGACCUUCCAUAAAUGCCGUAGUUAGCCCAUUGUUGGUCCAAUCUACCUGUGAAGCAAGGGUACGAAACUGAAUAGCAUAAUCAGCAACAGACCUAGAUCCCUGUUUAAUUCUCAUUAACGCCCUGGCAGCAUUCUUCGACCUUUUAGUUGUGUCAAAGGUUCUACAAAAAGCCAUAAGGAAGCUAUCGAAAUCAUGCACCAUAGGUCCAUUAGCCUCCCAAAUAGGAUUUGCCCAGUCAAGUGCUUUAUCAGUAAGUUGGUGCAUAAGGAACGUGGAUACAUCUCAAAGUGGAAUUCCACUUGAUUAAUGAAUCCCCAUGCAUGUCUUUGCAUCCCCUUCAUACCUAGGUGGAGUGGUUAAAUGUGCAGAAGCAUUAGGCAUGGUAGAUACAUCUGGAACAAGGGGUGCAUGAGGAGCUGGUACGGUUACCGGAGUAGCUCUAGAGAAGAGUGUCUGAAUGGCCUGAGCUAUCUGAUCCAUACGGUGAUCCUGCUCUACAAAUCUAGCCUCGUGAGAAGCCAUUUGCUGACCUAAGUCUGCAGGGUCCAUGGCCCUAUCGUAAUGUCACGGUAGUAUACCCCAACAGGCAAGAUUUAGUCCAACAAUUGACAUUAUAGAGCAGAUACGUCUUACCGGACCUUAGAAUGGCCGGACUCGACGUAGAGCAGAGAAAGACAGACUCAGGAACAAGCCGAGGUCAAGGGUACAAUGAGACAGCGAAAACAAGAACUAGCCAUGGUCUGGUGACCAAAGAUCAAUCCCAUGGUUUUACCAAGCAUAGGAGGAGAAAAUCUAAAUUUGUUGUCCUACCUCCCAAAAUUCUCACCCACCAAUCCAGGAUAUGGAUAGCUUGUCUAAAGUAGGGGUAUCUCUAUUGACAUACCUACACUUUGGCCCUAACACACAUGAUCAUGUAAAUGCAGUACGUCAGACAGAAAAUACAAUAUUGCUGUGAAAGCGUUCUGUUAAUCUUCUAAAAUCCUUGUGCAGCUCUGGGCUUGCUAAAUUACACAUUUUAGGAUUAUCUCUGGUGUCAGAGAAACUGUAUAUAACAAUGUUGGCGGUGAUGUUCGCAUUGGAUUAUAAAUUACAUUUUCUAUAAUACAUUGAUUUUGUGCAUCCCCCCCUUUGUACAGUAGAUUGCCAUUUUUAGAAACACACCACGAGAUCUGGGAGCUUGUUGAUUUCCUAAACUUUCCUUUUAUCUGAUAUUCUUAUGUGUUCAUCAUCAGUUUCCACAGACAGUCACUUCCUCCUCCCCAGCACUAUCUUUAUUGACACUCUGUCAGGACUUUAUGAAACAAAGGUUGCAAAGAAUCUUGAAUUGGCUUCAGAUAAGAGAAGAGUCUGACUUUCAUAUGGCCAUAUGCUACUUUUUUUGUUUUUAGGGUUGGGUUUAAAGGGAAAUGCAUAAUUUGACAACAAUUGAAAAAGAAAAUUUUUAAGCAGGCAAACAAAUACUAUUAAACAAAUAUUGAAAGCAAAAUAAAGCAAGGAAAACUUUGAAUAGUAUGUAAUAAAGAUGUAUAAACUAACUAUAAACAUGCUCUGAUUACGUUAUUGGGCACGCUUCUCAGCUAGGGGAGUUUCUUCAGACUACUCCCUCCUCUCUCUUACCCACCCAGCUCAGUUUCACAGCAGUUCACAUGACAGAAACAGGAGAGAGACAUCAGACUCAGAAGCCUGCUCUGCAUGGUCUUUUCUCCCUUUCUCAGGAUGUUGCAAGGUGAAGCUAUAUUCCAAUUGUACAUAAACCAAUCAAGGAUGCCCAAUGUAUUUUUCUGCCACUGCUAGGGAUAGCACACUGGUUUGGUUAGUGUCCCCCCAUGUGGAAAGCAUAAGAAAGAAGGGGGGGUGGAAUCACAUUUACCUGCUUUGUAUCAGCCUGUGGAGUUAGGCAAAUGUCUCACGCAAAGCUAAAGAUUGUGAAUGAGAUAUUUAUUUCAAAGUGAUGAAUGUCCCCUCAAGUGAAUUAACUGAUAGUCAAUUACAGUGUAAUCAAAAUCAUUCACUGAAAACCAGGGUUAUUGUCAAAAUUUACAGACUUACAGCUGUUUGCAAAUGGAGAAAUCAAACAAAAGCAAUUGAAAUAGCCCACCGCAGCGAAUGCUACAAGCAGUUUCUUCAAAUUCAACUGAAAAAAUGACUUCUCCAGUCUGAGAAUUAUUCAACCCCUUUGUGGCAAGCAUCUUUAGUACCUAGUAGAGCACCCUCUUGCCAUUAUGACCUGCUGCAAACAAGAUACAUAGUCAGACACCAGCUUCUGGCAGCGUUUCUGAGGAAUAUUAGCUCACUGCUCAUGAGCAAUGGCCUCCAGUUUUAGUAAUAUUCUUGGGUUUGCAUACUGCAACCACUUUUUUCAAAUACCACCAGAUAUUUUCUAUGGGGCUCAAGUCAGGUUACUGUGAUAGCCACUGUAGAAUUUUUCAGGGCUUCUUCUGCAACUAAGUUGGUUAGAUAUUUUCUUAUUAGUAAUAAAUUAACUCACGGGGGGGGCCUGGCAAGCUAAACUAGCUCCGCACCCCACGCCGAAUAAACAGCGAUAACUAGCGGUAUACGGGAGGGAUAUGGUCCGGAACAAGAGGCCCAAUACCCCGGGACCGGCAGGGACCAACUCCCCACGACGCCAUACCGGACCGAUGGACGAGUUUAUCGCCACAUCGUCAGAUCUGCGAGGACCGUGACCCGCCGACAAAAUGGCGCCCGCCUCCCCGGGCUCGGAUAGUGCGGGAGAAUCCUCUGCAGCAGGCACCCAAGUGAGUGGACUGGCCCAGAUACGGGCAGAGCUUACCCAGAUCUCGGCAAAAAUGCUGACAAAGGAAGACACGGGCUCGAUAGCACAGGAGCUGCGGGCAGCAUUGCGUGAGGAGCUGGCAGGCCUGCAGUCGGAUCUCACUGCCUUAGAGCGGAGAGUGGACGAGGUGGAAACAGCCGCCCAGGGAUGUGAGGACCACCAUAGAGCAACAGAGGUUGCAGUAACCAGACAGGGCAACCUCUUGAUCACCCUCCGCAGGCAGGUAGAAGAUCUGGAAAAUAGAAGUAGACGCAAGAAUAUCCGGAUACACGGCCUGCCAGAAUCUGAGACGGACGAUGAACCUCUCCAAGCCUCUCUGCGCGCCCUAUUUACACAAGUGCUGGGGGAAGACGCGCCUGAGGAAAUCCGCAUGAAUCGUGCUCACAGAGCACUGGGGCCUGCGAGACGAGACGGCAGCCCCAGAGAUGUAAUUUGCUGUAUGACCAUGCAGGACCAAAGAGACAGGAUCAUGACUGCUGCUAGGGACAGGCCCUCCAUAUUGUUCCGCGGAGGGGAAAUAUCCUUAUACCAGGACUUAUCACGCUGGACGCCAGGAGAGCGCUACUUCCGGUGACAGGCAUGCUACGUGACAAGAGGAUCCCAUACCGCUGGGGCUUUCCCUUCAGCCUUCAAGCAAAGCAUGGAAAUACAUGGAUCACGGCCCGCUGGCCAGAAGAGGUCCCACGCCUUAUGAGGACCCUUAACCUACCACCAGUGAGAGUGCGCAACUGGAUUCUAGAUGAAGCAAUAGUAGCGAGGAGAGACCCACUGAAUGCAUUCUACCCAACAGUCCCACCUACAGAACGGGCCACGCGCCCACACCGCAGAGCGGGUCCAAAUGGUCCGGAAGAAUGAUACUCUAGCAGCUGGACCGGGCCGACAAGGGACUGGUAAGCUGGGACACUCAUUGGGGACAAGGCCGAUUGCACACAUACAGGGACAGGCGGCUGUGGGAAGGGAGUCUCUGGGACUUUGUUGGGGAGGGGGAACGGGCAAGGGACAUGGAGCCAAUAAAGGGCCCGGGCCUGUAGCGGGGACAUAUGGACACCUCCCCUACUGAGAACGGUAACACACUAGUAAUGGCUUGCAAAGCAUGGUUAGCGGUACACGGCAGUGAUUCCCGUUCUAAAAAGAACAUUGCUAGAGGUGCAGGAGGGCUGGCAGAAAACCCUAGCUAAUGCAAUGCAUGGCGGGUCUCCUUGGGUGACUUUGGGGAGGGUACUCAUUGGGGCCACUACCCACGCAUUGCCUUAAAAGCGGGAACAGGCCGACCCAGGUCCCCUGAGCCCUCGCCUGCAGGCAAUAAGAAUAUGGAAGGGGAUCGGCCCCCGGAAGGACAACCUGGAAAUACACCAAAGUCACCCACGACACCUAGGGAAUACACGCCUGAUGCCAGUUACAGUACCGAAAACUCAGGGGGGGGAACCGGGUAUGGGGAGGGAGACAUCCGGGACUUUACAGAGGGGGACUUUUAUAUAGUAUAUGUUUGAAUGUACUAACUUGCCUUUUUGUCACACUGAAACGCACUCGGGGUCAUCAGGGAGAGGGGGAUGAGGGGGAAAGGGGGGGCGGAGAGGGUGAAACCCCAGGAAUAGCCGAGACAAACACAGUAAGACGUGGAGGGGGGAAUACAAUGGGGCAGGGGAACCAGCGAGCAAUAUACACUAGCAGAUGACCAACUACCCCUCUACAAAGGUACAAGCAUACCAUAAUAAUGACGUGGUGAGCGAAGAUACAUGCUCUUGCAAAUCUCCCUCCACGCUAAACAUAUAGGACUACACCCACAGUGCUCCUAGCAACGCGGACACAACUGUGAUAGGUGUGGCUCCCGCCGCCCUCUAGCACUCCCGCGAGGCUAUAUGGAAUAGACGGUAGCGUUCAGCACCCUACACCUCUCCACCUUGCUCCCGGACAUACGGAACAGACUCAUCCCGACUAAUGGACCAUGAAUUGAGUGACCCCCCCCAGCCCUAACAUGACCAGAACAGGGAGCAAAUCCCACAGCCUGUGACCCCUAGAGACGAGUCAAAUAGCGCAAGCUGGCCAGAGCCAGCCCAAGCCCCAGAACAACACCUAAACUUGUUCACAGCUCCGUUAUCCUUAUGCCUCCCGUAGCACUCGGCCUGGGGGAGGGGAAAUGGACAGUACCACUAAAGUAGUUCCUUGGGUACACGUUACGGUAAGGGACACAGACAAUACCAGCACCUGUGCUGGUGUUCCCUUGGACUAGACCCCAGUGAUAGACACCACAGUGAACUUGGAACGAGGUACUCUGCACGCCACCUACACGCUAGCCACCAUCUACGCAACCAAAUGCUCGACAGCAUAUGUUCCUGCAGGGGACCCUACGUAAAUUGAAAAGGUUCCGGGAAGGCCUGCUGAUCGUAGCGGGAGACCUGAAUGUGGCCUUUGACCCAAGGGUCGACACAUCUAGAGGGACUAGCUCUAUAUCGACCCACUGCCUACAGUCCAUCCGAGCAGAAUUACACGGCGCCGGCCUAGCGGACUGCUGGAGGGUCCUCCAUCCUACCGGUAGGGACUACUCCUAUUUCUCCACGGUACACAAGCACUACAGCAGGCUGGACUAUAUAUUCCUAGCUCAGGAGUUCUUGCCUUUGCUCCUCUAUGCGGGGAUCGGAAUGCAGGGUUGGUCGGACCACUCCCCCAUCUUAGCAUUAAGUCCCCAUUAUUCCGACCCAGAGACCGACAAUGGAGGAUGAACAAAUCAAUUCUUAAUGACGGCCCCACGGCUGCGGACAUCCGGCGGGCAUUAGUCACAUAUUUUGAAGAGAACGACACCCCUGAAGUGCCCGCUUUGAUGAUAUGGGAGGCACAUAAAUGUGCAGUCCGGGGCCACCUUAUCAAAGUAUGCACAAGAAGAAAGAAGGAACAGCAACGACGCACGGACGAACUGCUUAAACCCCUCGAGGGUCUUCAUAAGGCCACACAAUCAGACGAUAGUUACAAAGAGUUGUUGGAGAACAGGAAAAACAUUUUGCACCAAAAGCUGCAGUAUACGAUCCGAAAAUCUCAACGCUUCUUCUAUGAAUACUCAGGUAAGUGCGGUCGAUUACUGGCCAGGACCUUACAAAAACAAAGGAGAAUGUGCUACAUCACUAAAAUCAAAUACAAAGACCAGCAGGUGACGCAAUUGCCUGAGAAAAUUACAGAGACAUUCAGGGGGUUCUAUGAAGACCUUUACAACCUCCCUACGGAGCAGUCGGAAGAGGCAGGCCAUCGCAAGGACAGAUGGAUCACGGAUUACCUACAACAACAUAUCACUAAAUCACUAAGCCAUGAAGAACUAGAGGCCGCAAUGACACUGGAAGAACUACAAAUAGCGUUGAAAAGCUCAAAACUGAACAAAGCGCCUGGCCCGGACGGCCUGCCAGUGCGAUACCUGAAGGAGUUCAGCGAUGUGCUCUUACCAAGGCUUCUAAAGGGCCUCAAUUCAAUACUGGAAGGAGGAACAUUUCCGAGAAACUCCCUUCUGGCGACGAUAACAGUUAUCCCUAAAGAAGGCAAAAAUCCAGCGAACUGCGCAAACUACUGGCCGAUUUCACUAUUGAACGCGGACCUGAAGCUGUUCACGAAGAUCAUAGCAACGCGCAUGAGAGUUGUCCUGCCGGAAUUAGUAUACCCCGACCAAGUGGGUUUUAUCCCGGGACGGGAGGCAAGGGAUAAUACCACGCAUGCACUGAAUGUCAUCCACGCGGCAAAACAAGGGACACAGAAGAUCCUUCUCCUGUCCUCAGAUGCGGAGAAGGCUUUUGACCGUGUGGACUGGUGAUUUAUGAGGGCAACACUACAGGCCAUGGGAUUUGGCCCUCAUCUGAUGACUUGGAUCUCUUCCCUGUACACGAUGCCUACUGCCAGGGUCAGAAUUAAUGGAGCUCUCUCCGCACCGGUACACAUUCACAAUAGUGCCCUCUCUCCCCCCUCCUGUUUGCCCUCUCCCUGGAACCUUUCCUGGGGGAGGUCAGGCGGGACGGGGGAAUAGGGGGCUUCACCUUAUGGGGAGAAGUACAUAAGGUGGCCGCGUAUGCGGAUGACAUGCAAUUUUUCAUCAGCAAUCCAGUAUUCUCCCUCCCAAAACCUUCUGAAGGCCUUCGAGGAAUAUGGACAGUUAUCGAAUUUAAAGCUGAAUACUGACAAAUCGGAGGCCCUCCCCGUAACUCUGAGUCCACCUGCGAACGCAGUUCGCUUUCACAUGGUGCCAAAUCAUGCUUAAAUAUCUAGGAAUUUGGCUCCCCAUGGACCUAUCCUAGCUUUAUGCCCAUAACUUCGUCCCAAUGGCACAAGCUCUGAAAAGCGACCUAGUUCGAUGUAUCACUUAUGUAUCACUUGGUUUGGGAGACUAAAUGCAAUUAAAAUGAAUCUCCUUCCUCGUCUACUGUAUCUGUUUCAAACCAUCCCGAUCAACCUCCCUGCAAACUUUUUCCACGAAAUCGACAAGACAAUUUCUAGGUUUAUUUGGCAAACCAAAGCGCCCAGGCUGAGCAAGAUACACCUUCGUAGGCCAAAGGUGCAGGGUGGGGUGGGGCUCCCAUCCAUACGGGACUACCAUAGAGCUACGCACCUGCAUCGUAUAGUCGACUGGCAUACCCCUAGAGCUUGGAAAUCAUGAAUAACCAUGGAGAAAACACAAAUGGAGGGAACGCAACCAUCACGGAGGACAAUGCGCCAGGAACCUUCCGCUUAUCGGAGCAAUGCUGAAAGUUUGGUACUCGGUACGGGCAAGCUCUCACUAACCACCACGCCGGGUCCCCUAACACCGAUAACACACAACCCGGGGUGGCGGGGGGCCUCAAACCCCAAGACAUCAGUGCAUUUACGGAGGAAGAUUGGUCGUACAUGCAACAGUGGUGUUCGGCGGACUCGCUGAAACCACUACCAGAACUAAUACGGGAAGGGGUCCCGCAGGGUAUAGAUAGAUUCAGAUACUUCCAAAUCAAGACCUAUUACCAAUUACAUGUGGGGCGCCGCCUGUUCCACAGGCCCAUGACAGAAUUUGAGAAAACAUGCACGGCAUGGAGGCCACUACACAGAGGAGUAUCUACCAUAUAUGCACUGCUACAAACCUCUACGCAACAAACACCUCUGAAAGAUUUGGCGAGAUGGGAGGAAGUAACGGGAACCACACUCACUGACACUCAAUGGGACAAGAUUCACAUACUAGGGGGCGUGGCCUAGACACUGAUGGAGUAGGACGCACAUUGCCUGAGCUCCUAGGCCCCAACUCGUGCAGCCCGCUGUCACAGCAUUAAAUACCCAUAUUAAUGGGGAAAUCAAAGAGAUUAACAACCUCUGGACAGGCGAAAGCACCCUCCGCACGGCAACAAUCCGGCCCGAUGGACGACUUUCUGUCCACACCGCACGGCCUACACGGUACGGGAGACCAGGAGGCCCCGCCGCCACCAUCCCCGGGUUCAGAGAGCCAGGUGGGCUCGACCCGCGACUCACCCCCACGAGGCUCUCUCGCCAAGAUCUCAGCAGAUUUGGCGGCAAUCACUGCCAACAUGAUGACACGGGCAGACAAAAAGGAACUGGUAGCUGAACUUCGAGCGACCAUCAGGGAAGAGAUCGCGGCCGUCAGGUCGGACCUCACAUUGUUAGAACAGCGGAUUGAUGACCUAGAGGCAGACCGACUACAGGCCGCACAACACCAACAGACCGCUGACCUAGCCGCCACGAGACAAGGCAACAUCCUCCUUGAUCUCCGCCGGCAGGUCGAAGAUCUGGAUAACAGGGGGCGGCGGAACAACAUCCGGAUACGGGGCAUACCGGAGGCAGACGAUGAGGAUCCCCGAGAGCUCCUGACAGGUCUGUUCCACCAAAUACUAGGAGAAGCUGCCCUACCUGACUUUGGCAUUAAAAGGGCAGACCGGCCCUCAGAGCACCGAGGAAUGACAGCCAGCCUAGGGACAUCAUAUGCCGCCUGACCUCAUUCGCUCUAAAGGAAAACCUCAUGCAAGAAUCUAGAAUGCAGCGAAACAUAAUCUUCAUGGAUGCACAGGUGUCCCCUGCCUGCAGUAUCAGUGCUAAACUGGAUUCAGGUCCCACAGAGAUCACCCAGAACCUAAGAACAGACCAGAGACCUCAACGAAGACGAGGAGGCCCAUCAGGCCCGGAAGAAUGAGGCAGGGCUGCGCCCUGGCCCUUAGAGUGACUCCCUGGCUACACACUAGGACUACCAUGAACACUGCUACCUAAGACUGUGGAAGGGGUAUUUACUACCGGGCACCCCUAGUUGGGAGGGGUAAUGGGGAAGUAACCACGGAUACGUAGCCAUGGAACUGUACCAAGCCAACCGGAGAUUUAGGUACGGGGGGGGACUCGGGGACUACAUGCCUCAUGGUGGGGACACGGGAGGUGGGGAGAUUGGGCCACUGUGGGAGCCGUGAGGCCUGAUCCCGGUAACUAUAGGUCCAGGCCAAUUCAACCAGACCCAAGGCGGCUGACCGCAAGGCUCCCAAGGCCACGGACCACGGAACCUUCUCCAACAACGGGACGGGUUAUAGAGGGGGAGAUACACGGGCAGGAUAUGGGAGUGGGAAAGGGGAAGUACCGGGAUUGUUUAAAUGUAUACAGUUGAAGUUACGCAUCACUAGACACGCACAUAUGCAGACCACUCUGAGACUCGGUACACAGAUCCUAACCCACCAUACCAGCCCAUGGCCUUACUUUAAACAGGACAUGUAAAUAUGGAGGGGAAAGACGGGGGACGUACAACAGGCCCAAGCAACAUUAGACAGUAAUGAGAAGGCACAUAACCUACACAAGGUCACUAGACAUGUACGGACCUCGGACCAGCCCUUGAUCAGAUCCGGACGGUGAACAUAAUAUCUCUCCCCAUACUUAACCACAACACUAAAUAACCGACAACCUCACACACGGGUUGGGAGCCAAUGGAGGACAGUGACGACUUCCUAUUACCACAGAAACUGACCCACACUCGCUGGUGCAUACUACGAACCCCACUGUAACAUACCCAAACUGUAAAUAUAACUGGAGUUCACAGAGAGGGGCCUAAUCCUACUCUCUCUCUGAACACAUACACCCGGUUCAGGUAGACAUUGCACUCACCCCGGAGGGGUUCGUAGGGGUGUUUUGUUUUUUUCUCCUCUUCUCCACCUUUCUUUUUACCCCUUUCCAACCCUUCUUCCCUGACCAACUCACACCCUCCUCCUCCCAUAACCAAGCAUUACAAUGAGCCUUAAACCGGCAAGCCUAAACUACUGGUCCAAUAACGUCCACGGGCUGAAUGUGCCCGAGAAGAGAGCACACUUGCUUAGGCGGCUAUGGUUGUGCAGGGCAUCCAUAGCGUUUCUGCAGGAGACGCACUUUAAAACCAACGACGCACCCAAAUUGGAGAAUAGCCGAUACCCGCUAGGGUAUUAUGGAAUCCACCCUGAGGCAAAACGAGCGGGGGUGGCGAUACUGUUCGCUCACACGACUCCAUUCCAAUGCACAGUGACACUACCAGACCCUGGAAGGAGGUAUCUAUUCAGACCACACUUACAUAUUGCAUGCAUAUAUUGCCCAAAGAAAAAACAACACAUCUUCCUGUCCAAAACAUUGGCCAAGUUAGAAUCCUUCUGGGAGGGUCUACUACUGGUGGCUGGAGACUUCAACGUCCCACUUGAUCCCCACCUAGACACCUCCAGGGGAUCGAGCACGAUCCCCGCGCAUUGCAUCCGCUCCACUCUGAGGUCCCUAGGUAGGCAGGAGUUGGUUGAUUGCUGGAGGAUGGUACACCCAGAAGCCCGAGACUACACACACUACUCGGCUGUCCGUUCACGUUACAGUCGAAUAGACUAUAUCUUCAUGACACAAGAAUUCCUGUCGUUGCUCCAAAAAGCCGAAAUAGGGACUACGAUAGACUCAGACCAUGCCCCAGUCACAGUCACCACCGCCUCCCCAUUAUAUAAGCCGAAGGAACGUCAAUGGAAACUGAACGAAGACCUUCUAGACAACCCUGUACUCACCACCCAGACAGCACAAACUCUGAUCCAGUACUUUGAAACCAACGAAACGCCGGAUGUCUCCCCGCUGACCGUGUGGGAAGCGCAUAAAUGCGUCAUCCGGGGUCACUUCAUCAGUGAGAGCACCCGACGCAAACGGGACAGAACGCGUCGUAUAACCACCCUGACGAAACAGAUAGCCGCCCUUGAACAAGACCACAAAAGCACGUUGGAUGAAGGUACUUACCUGCAGCUUACUACAAAGCGCCGGGAACUCUGUAACAUACUCUCCCAGGGGCUACUGUACAGCAUGCGAAAAUCGUCCAGACACUUUUACGAACACUCUAACAAAAGUGGGAGACUACUGGCUAAAAUGCUCAGACAAACGCAGAGGUCAACACAUCCACAAGAUUCAAACCAAGAACCGAGACACCACCAGGCUCCCCGAAGGCAUUAUGGAAUACUACUCGGAACUGUAUAACCAAACGCAAUCCAGGCAGAAUCACGCGGGUCGCAUCACUGAAUACUUAGAACGACACGUCUCACAUAAACUAGCCCCAGAGGUCGCAGCGGAUAUGGAACAUCCCUUGACGAUAGAGGAACUAGCCAACGCACUGAAACUUUUCAAAUCACACCGAGCCCCCGGUCCGGACGGACUACCACUAACCUACUUGCGCAAAUUCCGGGACAUAUUGCUACCGAAGCUCCUAACAGAACUCAAUGCCAUAUGCCACGGCGAGCACUUCCAGACGGAUACCUUACGCGCAGUGGUCACGAUACUGCCAAAAGAGGGAAAGGACCCUUCCACCUGCUCCAGAUACUGUCCGAUCUCUCUGCUCAAUGCCGAUCUGAAGCUCUUUGCCAAGGCCAUGGCACUCAGAAUAUCCCCAACAUUGCCGGAACUGAUACACCCAGACCAGGUCGGGUUUGUGCCUGGACAGGAAGCAAGGGACAAUACCAUCCGCGCCCUGAAUGUCAUUCACUCAGCCACAAACGGAAAAACGGAAACGGUACUCCUGUCCACCAAUGCCGAAAAGGCUUUUGAUUGGGUGGAUUGGAUGUACAUGUCGGAGACACUGCGGCAUCUGGGCUACGCCCAAAACAUCCGUGCAUGGGUAGCCACAUUGUACACAUCACCAACAGCUAGAAUACGCAUCAACGGCGCUCUAACGGAGUCUUUUACCAUCCAUAAUGGUACCCGUCAGGGCUGCCCCCUGUCCCCCCUCCUGUUUGCCCUCUCUCUUGAGCCCUUCCUAGAGGCGGUCAGACGGGAUGAAGGAAUGACGGGGUCCCGCAGCGGCACAAGCGAGCACCGGGUAUCAGCAUAUGCCGACGACAUGCUCUUCUUCCUGGAACAACCCAGGAUCUCACUCCCUAACCUACUAGAGGCAUUCAAGCAAUACGGGGCAGUAUCGAAUCUACUUGGACAAAUCCGAAGCCAUGCCAAUCUCCUCGACGACAGACACAGCAUCGCACCUCGGUGCACACUUCCCGUUCAGAUUGUGCGCUACUAAGCUCCGAUACCUAGGGAUUUGGCUCCUAGGAAACCUUGCACACAUGUACCAAACAAACUUUGCACCCCUCCUCACGACUAUACAGGGAGAUCUGAGACGGUGGGCUUCCCGCUACAUUACCUGGUUUGGUCGCAUUAGUGCGGUCAAGAUGAACCUUUUACCUAGGCUGCUGUACCUUUUCCAGACCAUAUCCACCACCAUCCCACAAGCUUUUUUCCGCACCCUCACAACAGCGAUACGACAAUUUGUCUGGAAUAAACGACCGGCCCGGAUCCGCAGGUCAAUACUGGAGAGGCCAAAGAUUGAGGGAGGAGUAGGCCUACCCUCCAUACUCACGUACUAUUAUGCAACUCACCUACUACGCCUGGUUGACUGGCACACUGAACCAACCUCCAAACAAUGGGUACAAAUGGAAAAACUCCAAGCCCGGGGUAGCAUACCCGCCAUGCUUUGGCUAGGAGAUGCCACGUUCAAGGAAGCAUGGACGGGUAACCCCAUGAUCGACGCGACCCUCAGGGUAUGGUACGGAAUACGGUUCACCAAAAAGCUCACCACAUCCCCCAGCCCGCUCACACCCAUAACGCACACCCAGCCUACACCCAGCCGCACUGGAAAACUUCCUGGCCACCAACUGGGUGCAUUUGCGCCAAUGGAGCACAGAAAACGGAAUCAAAUCACUGACAGACCCGAUGCCUGACAACAGGCCCACUACACUAGACGUAUUUCAUUAUCACAUGAUCAAAGCAUAUUAUUCUACACUGACAGGUAAGGACCACCUCCGCAGACCCCUCGGGUUUCUAGAACAACAAUGCAACACAAGGCAACAACUCGCACACGGAAUCUCAGCCCUCUGCUUGGUCCUACAGGCGGAAAAUAACGAUACCCCCCUGGGUUUCACAGCAAGAUGGGAAAGGGAAACGGGUGUUGACCUGACGGAACAGGAGUGGACCAAAAUUUUCACACUGACGCAUAAAGAAUCAAUCAGUUCGAAAUACCAGGAGAGCAACUACAAAAGCCUGACAUACUGGUACAGGACACCAGACGUCCUAAGAAAUGUACAUGAAUCAAUCUCAUGUCCCCGGAUAGCGCCAUACUGGCACAUGAUAAACCAACAAAUCUGAGACAUCACGGAGUCCGACAUGCCACUUCAGCCACUGACCAUGCUCCUAAACCACACACACACACCGAUAAAGGCAUACAAAAGAGGCCUUACCAUACACCUACUUACAGCGGCUAAAACACUAAUCCCCACACACUGGAAGAGCACGGAAAUUCACACCUUCCGACAGAGUGGAGGACAUACACAACAUGGAAAUGAUGACAGCAUCCCUGCAGGGAUGCUCGGAUAAAUGCGCUUUGACAUGGUACCCAUGGACAUUAUUUCUGUCACGAAGGGCCACACAGACGGGACCAAGCAGGAACGAGGGGAAGAGAAGGGACGCUCCCACGGAGCCUCCUUAGACACCCGUAGUGGACUAGCAUCGUAAGUCUGAUCAGGCUCCUACCCCCCCUCCCUCCUCUCCCCCUCCUCCUUCCUCAUCCCCCUCCCUUUCUCUCUCUAUCCCCACCCCCACUUUUUUUUUCCUCUAUUCUUUACCUUCCUCUUCUUCAAUCUCUUUUGUUUCUUCCCUACACACGUUGCCAACGCUCAAACAACGGGCUAUGAAUCCAAACCGCAGUCCCCCCUGGGCGCGAAAGGUAGCUCAAACAAACAGCAGAUAAACCACCCACCGAGUGAUGCCGACACCAGAAAUGGCAACCCACACAAAAGAAAAGAGGAAUCACACGACGCACCACAUCACUCACGACUGACAGCCAUGACACAUAUAGGUACACAACAACACGACGCAGACGAACGAUAGAACCAUCACACGCAAAGGCACAUAACCGAGGAAUUACAAGACCUGUGCCCGAGCAGACGACCCCGACCGCUACACAUCCUCAGGGCAUAACAAAAUUCAGGCACAGGACAUGUGGGCUUUAUGAGACUACUUCUACUCAAUGUGCCUACCUGCCAACACGCUUAAAAGUUACAAGAGAUGGCUAAGCCACCAAAAAUAGAAAUCUGCAGUCCCAAGCCUAACAUGAGUGGCAGUGGGCACACACUGGGUCCCCGACGGCAACCAAACCAACACGGCACAGUUCACUGCACUAGCAAUACCUACUACCAGCAGACCUGCAACACGCCCUGACGUAACGCCACAAUGUCCCACAGUAACACAUAACGUCCCCUGACCGGGAUCACUAGCUAAGGAAGCAACUAGGUCGCGGUUGAAAUCGUUAACAAGGGCAUUAGGCCCCAGCAGCCAUCUUAUAUGCAGUGUAAUGUCUUUCACCUGGUUAACAAACUGUCCACAUAUAUUGUUGAAUCUGCCACUUUGGAAGACACAUCCGGGCAGCCCAAGCACCUGCACUAUGCCACUGCUACACGGAUCGUUCUGAGUCUCCCAGUUAACGUGUAAUCACUAAGUAUCAAUAUGUUGUUGAAGACGCAAUCUUACUAAAUGUCUGUAUUGCUAUUAUAGUCAUGCACACCUUGGAAAAAGUGGCGCACUUAAACCUUUAUGAUACUAACCUGCAAAGACAAUGUUUCCAUGUCUUACAAUUGUGUGAAAACUAAAUAAAGAAUGUCAAGAUUCACAUACUAACGCAUCAGGGCACGUUGAGCUCCAAACACCAAGAACUGAAUUACAAACUGUUAACGGGUUGGUACAGAACGCCGGAGCGCCUACAUAGAAUGAUACCUGAAGUCACAGACGUAUGCUGGAGAUGUGAGACAGAGGUGGGCACGGACCUCCACAUCUGGUGGUCCUGCAAACAUAUCGCCCCCUACUGGAAACGAAUCCACACGCAGAUAAAAAACAUCAUGGACUCAGAUCUCCCUCUUCAGCCACUGCAAAUGCUCCUCCACCUCACUGACAUGCCUCUUUCGAGGUACAAAAAAAUCACUCACAAAACAACGCCUAAAUGCAGCCAAAUUACUAAGUCCCCACGCUGCAACAGUGGAUGGAGAAGGUGUUAGAGAUCCACGGCAUGGAGCAGCUUACAGCCUCCUUGAGGGGCACGACGGAACGCUAUUUAGAGACAUGGACACCAUGGCUUGAAUUUAUCUCAGGUAGAACGGCCUGAGCAUCAGGAAAGCGGAGCCCCUGCGUGGCCCCCACAGGGGUGACAGGAAUAUAACCACAAUGACAAGACUGAGAUACCCAAAGGUGACGCGGACGGGCGCGUAGCUGGGGGGGCCCUGAGGGGGGCAGGUCGAACCUAUAUAGAGAGUACGAAGUUGUGGGGGAACCCUCGUUACCGCAACCCCCCCCCACCCUUUAACCCUCACCUCUUACCCGAUCCCUUCUCUACCUCACACACGGACCGGAUACACGCACACACCAGCUCUCUUCUUCCCUUUCCCUAACCAUCAUACACACAAAUUACACACCAAAUCAAACACAGACCACCCAGGAUGCGGACCCUGAAGGGUCAAAGACAAAGAAACAGAUUGGGCGGGACAGAGAUUAAAACCUAGUCAGAAAAAAGGGGCAGCAGAGCUACGACAAAGAUGCAUAAUGGAUCACAGGAGACUGUGACCCAACAAACUGUUCAACAACGCAACGGCCCUGAAUACGACUGACACCCAAUACCCUACAACGGCCCAGACUAAGUGAGAAAAGGCCAUAAUGUGACGGAUCCCCUAAAAUAGUAGGACACACACAAACAGGGAUUAGGGACAACUCACAAGGAUCUCAAUCUCAGUGUAACCACUGGCUGCAAUCCCAAUAUAGUCAAGCAUACAUGUAGGGAACUUCCGACCUCGAUCCACUUACUGGAGAAAAGUUAGGAAAACUCAAGGACUGGUAGAAAUUAGCUAAAAAAGGAAGUAUACCCACACUUGUCUACAGCGCUACGGUUCAAUCUUAGUAUGACAAAGGAGGGAGGCCACUAGGUUCACGUGCUCAUUUGAAAUAUACCAACUAAUACAUAAAUGGAUAGGACUCGUUUACAUGUUUUACUGUUAAAUUGCAUAUCUCGAUUUCAUGACAAAUGUUGUGCGUAUUGUGACAAACUGAGACACUAUGAUUUCCUGUUGAGCUUGUUAUUAAUAUCAAUGUCAAUGUCAAUUUUCAAAACUGAAAUAAAAAGCAAGAUUGACAAAAAAAAAAAAAAAAAAUUAACUCAUAGGCAUCUAGGUUCCAUGUUCCAACUGCUGACAUUUUCUUAAUUUUAGCAAGGUUUAUUCAAAUAUUAUGGCUUCACAAAAAAGUUGCAAAAUGACACUGACAGACAAUAAGAAUGACUGGCAAUCCCCUUUCUUUUCAGUCAGAGGAGCUGUAUGGUUCUUCAAGUUAUAGAAAACUGAAGAGCAAAUUUAUGGUACCUACCUUGCUGUUCCCAUUAUCUGACCGUGUUUGGUUCCUGUGUCCCUUUUUUUGCUGGUCCCUCUAUGUCCUAGACCUUUUAUGAGGCUGUUGCCAUGUGCAUAAACUUUUAGAAUGCCAGCCUAUUGAUUCAAUGCACAAAAGUGCAUUAUUUUCAGAGUAUUUUUGUUCUAGGUUUCUGACUUCAACUCAGUUAUUGACUAUUCUAUGUACUCCUCAGCUUGGCACUCAUUAACAUAUUCUGGCCUUUCUGGAAUCCUGACCUCUGCUUGUUUGACCUUACUUACCUGCUUCAAUUAUCUCUUGGCUAUCCUUAGGCGAUUUGUAUUAAGCCAUAUGACUCAGAACCAGUAAUAUGCUCUGUCCUUGUUUACUCUAUACUGUCUGGGGUGUGUGUGUUGUGUUAUACCUUAUCCUGACAAAGUCCCAUAGUCUGGUUUAAACAGCAAUGUUUUAUACCUUGCUAUGGUCUACAGGGGUUUGCAAACUUUGGCACUACAGAUGUCAUAGACUACAUCUCCCAUAAUGCUUGUUACAGAGAAAGCUGGACAUUGUUAAAAAGAGCUAUAUUCACUACCCUGAGGUCUCUCCCUCUAGCUAGCAGGCACAGCUAGCAGAUCACACAAGAAACCAGCCACUGGGUCAUAUAAUUAACCUGGUAGGGACAGAGCCCUCAAACCGGCCAUUUGGAAAUGUUCAUAUGAUUGAAACUCAGCUAAACUUUUAACCCUAUGAUCAAAAAUAGGGUAGACUAUUAGAGCACUAUUUUGGCAGAGGUUAGUUUUGGGGUGAGCAAUCCUUUGGUUUAUGGGGGAACUUUUAACUAAAGGGGAGCAAGACCCCCGACUUGCACCAGAAAUAAAAUGUUGCGGGUGAGAGAUCGUAUUUGUCCCAUACCUGAUAAACCAUGGGUGGGUUCUUUUCAAUAACGUCCUGCAGGAUGAAUACAUAUUGUACCUAUGCAAUAAUGUAUACUUGUUUUCACCCUUCGUCAAGUCUGACAAAGCAUCAUUGGAGAUGUAGUCCUGAAGUGCCGAUGGUUGCAGCAGUCCAAAUUCAAUUAUGAGUAAAUUAAACAAAUAAAGAAACAUGAUAACUUUUUUUUUUUUUAGAAGUAAAAACCGGAGUAAAGAGCGUGUGGAUUUUGGGCUAUAUAUGAAACUGUAAGCUACAUAUGGUCAAGCAGCAGUAAGCGAUGUAUUGCAACCUUCGGCACUCCAAGAUGUAAAAUCAUGAUGAUUGCAGCAGUUGGUGAAAGAGUUAUGUUCAACUAUAUCAAAAUGUUGAUAUUUGUAGUUUGCAAUGUAACCACCAUCAUAUCCCUAUAAUUUCAUGUAGCCUGCAAAACCAUGUCCUUGCCUUCUAACAUGAUUGAUUUCACUUCUACUAUAUAUAUAUAUAUAUUGUGAUCCUUGUCACCAGGUAGCACGGCCCUCUAGGGUAAAAACAUGCACAGUCCUUGUAAUUGCAUAUACUCAGGCACUUUAUUUGUAAAUCCACACAGGAUACGGCAGUAAAUGAAAAACAAAAGUAACAGAAAACCCUAUAAACAAACACCUAGCUCGUUGAGCACUAACUGACAUUAGUUCCCUAUCUCUCAGGGUUAAACUAAACACAAUAUUGCACCAACCUUAUUAGAGAGCAACGCUCUGCUAUCUAACCUGUUGCUUUCCUUUCUGCACUCCCAGUGCUCCAAGCCAGCCUUGCCCUGACUGCUUUGCUUUCUGCACUCCCAGUGCUCCAAGCCAGCCUUGCCCUGACUGCUUUCCUUUCUGCACUAUCACCACUUUUAGCUGUGCUGUAACACCACCACCAGUCACCAUACACAUCUUUAAGCAAGUCAAUACUAUCCUAUGCAGAGCCCUUAUUCCUACGUCACAUUGUAUUGGCUCUUCACUCUCAGGACAGUUAUAUGCAAUAUGUCCUUGCAUGUGGCAGUUGAAGCAUCGGAGGUUUUUCUCAGUCUGGUCUCGUAGCCAAAAUAGGACUUUUAGGUACGUUCUACCAUCAUAGGUAUAUUGUCCCAGACUUUGUCCUUGUUUUCCAGUUUCCCCGCUUAUCUGGUUGCUAGCGGAUCUAGGCUGAGGAUCAGUACUGUGUGGCUCCUUAGUAGCCAAGUUCCUCUGAAUCAUCAUCUGCUUCCACAUCCAUAGCAGCUUCUGAUUUGAUAAUUUCUCAACGUUAGAGUAACUUUCAAAAGCAAACUUUGCAAAGGCUUGGCAUGUAGCUAUACGUCCAAGUCCUUCAUGAGCUGAAUUUUCCAGGUGCUCAACCUCUUCAAGACCUGGUUCUGUCACCAGCUCAUCCUUCACUGGAACAAGUCCCUCCGCGAAGGGCUCCACAACAUCCUCCAUCUGUUCUGCGAAUCCCUGGGAACCUGCCUUGCUCCCUAUGGGGUUAAAAGGCCUAUCUGCCUUCACUUUAUCACAAUAUAUAUAUAUAUAUGCGUUUAUUAUACAUCAAGCAUGUCAAACUUGCGGCCCGCAUGUGGCCCACAAGGACCAUCUUUGCGGCCCAGCGAGCCGCGAGUACAUGCCUAAUGUUCCAAGCAGAGUAGGCACCUGCUCUCCCCACAUUGCAGGUGCCUACUCUGCUCAGUUACACGGCCAGGGGAGAGGUCUCUGGCGGCAGCGAGGGAGCUCACUGUUCCUGCUCCUCACUGCUCCCUCGUGCGCCGUCUGAAGUGAAGCUGGGCGCCGGAAUAUGACGUCAUAUUCCAGCACUCUGCAUCACUAAACCUCGCGAGGGAGAGUGAGGAGCAGAUAGAAGGACCCCAGGGAGAUGCCCCUCAUCAGCUCCAAAAGGUAAGGAGCAAUAAGGAAAAGAAUGUGUGUGAGUGUCUGUCAGUGUGUGUGAGUGUCUGUCAGUGUGUGACUGUCAGUGUGUAUGUGUGUGUCUGUCAGUGUGUGUGUGUGUGUGUGUAUCUGUCAGCAAAAAUGUGUGUGUCUGUCAGUGUGUGUGUGUGUCAGUGAGUAUGUGUGUGUGUCUGUCAGUGUGUGUGUGUGUCUGUCAGUGUGUAUGUGUAUCGGUCAGCAAAAAUGUGUGUGUCUGUGUCUGUCUGUGUGUAUGUCUGUCUGUCAGUGAGUGUGUGUUUGUCAGCAAGUAUGUGUGUGUCUGUCAGUGUGUCUGUAUGCCUGUGUCUGUCUGUCAGUGAGUGUGUGUGUCUGUCUGUGAGUGUGUGUCUAUAGGUGAGUAUGUGUGUGCCUGUGUGUGUCUGUCAGAAAGUAUGUGGGUGUCUGUCAGUGAGUAUGUGUGUGUGUGAGUAUGUGUGUGUGUCUGUCAAAGAGUAUGUGUGUGUCGGUGUGUCUGUAUGUGUGUUUCUGUCUGUCAGUGAAUAUGUGUGUGUCAGCGGGAGGAUCAGAUUUGGCACAGGAUGGUAGAGGGGCAUGCUGUGGUUUAGUAGAGGGGGGCGGGGUUGCGAUUUAGUAGAGGGGGGUGCUGUGGGUUUUUUUAUACUGUACUUUUUAAAAUAAACCUACGUUUCUAUGAAAAUGUAAGGGUUUUUUUGGGGAGGGGUCCACAUAAACUUAAACCUUGUUUAUGUGGCCCGUGCCAGACUUUGAGUUUGACAUGCUUGUUGUACAUCAUCCCAGGUAGUUUAAUUUCUGCGAAUGUUGAUACUCCGUUUAAAGCAUCCGUUUAAAAUAAAUUGAUACUAAAAUGUAAAAGCACAAAAUUUCAAAGUCAAAGGAAAUUGUAUGUAUGCGUGUCUAUCUAUCUGUCCUAAUAGGAUUUAAAACUAGCUGCCCCCCAUAAAGCAAGUGUAAGCCAAAAUAAAUAAAAAUAAAAAAAGUAAAAAUACAUAAAUUAAAUAUAUAUAUAUAUAUAUAUAUAUAUUUUUUUUUUUUUUUUAAAUCCUAUUAUGAUUUACACCAAGCAUCAUGCCCACUUCAGUAAUUUGAAGUGGUCAUUGUGUCGGGAGUCAUGCAUGUGCAGCAUUAUCCUAUGCAAGUUUAACUCUAUUGCUGCCAAAGGCUGAACUCUACCUCUGGCAGCGUCACUGGUUCAGGACUGUCAUCGGCAUUUUUCCAUUGCCGACCGCUGACGGUCCUGAACCGUCCUAACGGUCUUAGUUACUUACCCGAUCGCCGUCGUUACCCUGGCGGCGAUCAGCGGUGGGUGUGGGGAGACUGACUGCAGCCCAGACAGUCUCCCCACACCGGAUUAGGACCCCUAAUCAACAGAGCGAUCACAUGGUCACAAUAGGUGUCCAUGUGUCUGCCUGCAGGGGGACUGUCUGUGCUGACAGGCAGUCUCCCUGCAACUGUAAAAUCAUUAAAAAAAAAAAAAAUAAAGUUAAAGGACCACUAUAGUGCCAGGAAAACAUACUCGUUUUUCUGGCACUAUAGUGCCCUGAGGGUGCCCCCACCCUCAGGGACCCCCUCCCGCCCGGCUCUGGAAGGGGGAAAGGGGUUAAAACUUACCUUUUUCCAGUGCUGUGCGGGGAGCUCUCUGCCUCCUCUCCUCCUCGAUCCGCCCCGUCGGCUGAAUCGCACGCAGCAGGCUAGCUUGUAGCACUUAGCCGAGCAGACAUUCAUAAUGCUUUCCUAUGGGCGCUAUGCUCUCACUGUGAUUUUCACAGUGAGAAGCACCUAAGCGCCUCUAGCAGCUGUCAAUGAGACAGCCACUAGAGGCUUUGGGGGAAGGCUUAACCCAUUGAUAAACAUAGCAGUUUCUCUGAAACUGCUAUGUUUAUAAAACAAUGGGUUAACCCUAGAAGGACCUGGCACCCAGACUACUUCAUUAAGCUGAAGUGGUCUGGGUGCCUAGAGUGGUCCUUUAAUGUUAAUUUAAAAAAAAAAUUGUUAUAUAUGUGUGUAUAUAUAUAUAUAUAUAUAUAUAUGUCUAUAUAUCAUAUAUAUAUAUAUAUAUAUAUAUAUAUAAUGUCAUACUAAGUGUAUUUUUAUAUUAAUAUGUACAUAAAUUAAUAUAAAAAUACACUUAUAAUUAAAUUACACACAUAUAUAUAAUAUAUAAUAACUAUAUAUAUUGUGUAUAUAUAUAUUAUUAUAAAAUACAAAUAACAAGUAAUUUAAAUUAAAAAAUUUAAAAAUAAUUUUUUUUUAAACUAUAUAUGAAAUUUUAUUCUUACUGUAUUUUGAUAUUAAUAUAUAUAUAUAUAUUUAUAUCAAAAUACACUUAGAAUGAAAUUGUAUAUAUAUCUAUGUAUAUAUAAAUAAAAAUAAUACGAAAUAUACAUAUGUCUAUAUACAAAAUCACAUAAAUAAUUAUAUAAAUAUACAAAUAUGCAUAUAUAUUUAAAUUCUACGUGCGUAUUUAUGUAAUAUUUUUACAUAAUUAAGUAAUUUUAUUGAUUGCAAUUUGAGGGACCUGCCUGCCGAAAGUCCUGAGAAUUUAAUUUGCUAGCACUGUAUUUUACCCUGUAACGUUCUACGACACCCUAAAACCUGUAUAUGGGGAGUACUGUUUUAUUAGGGAGACUUCUCUGAACACAAAUAUUAGUGAUUCAAAACAGUAAAACAUAUCACAGCGAUGAUAUUGUCAGUGAAAGUGACUUUUUUUUGUACUUUUACUGAUGAUAUAAUUGUUGUGAUAAGUUUUCCAGUUUUGAAACACUAAUAUUUGUGUUCAGCAGUCUCCUGAGUAUAACAGUACCCCCCAUGUACAGGUUUUAUAGCUUUUUUGAAAGUUACAGGGUCAAAUAUCUGGGUCAAAUAUUUUUACAUUGAAAAUGGCCAGGUUGGUUACGUUGCCUUUGAGAGUGUAUGGUAGCCCAGGAAUGAGAAUUACCCCCAUGAUGGCAUACCAUUUGCAAAAAUAGACAACCCAAGGUAUUGCAAAUGGGGUAUGUCCAGUCUUUUUUAGUAACCACUUAGUCACAAACACUGGCCAAAAUUAGCAUUAACCCCUUAAAACCGGAGGACGUACAAUUACGCCCUCUAAUAGGCGGCUCUAAACGCCGCCGGGCGUAAUUGUACGCCCUCCGGUUUUUGUUAACUUACCCGGUCGCCGGCGGUCCCACGCCGGCGAUCGCGGUGGGGGGGACUCCCAGGGAGCCCCCCGCGGCACAUCUGUCCUCGUUGAAGCCCCCCGGCCAUGUGAGAGUGGGGUCCUAGCGAGGACCCCACAAUCACAUGGCCGGGUAUAGCUGGCUUCUGUAUUGCCGGCAGGGGGGCUGCCUGUAAUGACAGGUGGUCCCCCUGCUGGCUGAAAAUAAAAGUAAAAUAAGUUAAUGGUGUAAAAAAAAAUAUUAUAUAUACUUAGAUCAUAUAUAUAUAUUAUAUAUAUGAUCUAAGUAUAUAUAUACACAUAUACAUACACACACGUACACCGUCUAGGUGUAUUUUACUAUUAUAUAUAUAAUUAUAUAUAUAUAUUAAUAUCAAAUUACACGUAGACUGAUACUGAUUAAAUAUAUAUAUAAUUAUUGUUAUAUAUAUAUUUAUAUAUAAUAUAAAAAAAAUAAAAAUGUAAAUACGUUAAAAAAUAAAAUUAAAAAAAUAAUUAAAAAUAAAUAAUUAAAAAAUAUAUAGAUGUAUGUUAUUUCGUUCUAACUGUAUUGUGAUAUUAAUAUAUAUAUAUUUAUAUCAAAAUACACGUAGAAUGAAAUAAUAUAUAUAUCUAUAUACAUAAAUAUAUACGUAUAUAUCACUAUAUAUACCUAUAUAUAAAUAAAAAUAUUUUUUAAAAAUUAUAUAGAUAUAUACAUAUAUAUACACAUACGUAUAUAUAUACAUAUAUUAAUUCUACAUAUAUAUUUAUGUAAUAUUUUUACAUAAUUAGGUAUCUUAAUUACAAUUAGCAGGACCUGCCUGACAACCCAUGCCGAAAGUAAAGGGAAUUUAAUUUGCUAGCACUAUAUUUAACCCUAUAACUUUUCGAGACACCAUAAAACCUGUACAUGGGGGGUACUGUUCUACUCGGGAGACUUCGCUGAACACAAAUAUUAGUGUUUCAAAACAGUAAAUGUAUUACAACGAUGAUAUCGCCAGUAAAAGUGAAGUUUUUUGCAUUUUUCACGCACAAACAGCAUUACACGGACAAUAUUAUUGCUGUGAUACUUUUUACUGUUUUGAAACACAAAUAUUUGUGUUCAGCGAAGUCUCGAGUACAACAGUACCCCUCAUGUACAGGUUUUAUGGUCAAAUAUAAGGCUUAUGUUCUCAUUUUCACAUUAAAAUUCGCCAGAUUGGUUACGUUGCCUUUGAGACCCUAUGGUAGCCAAGAAUGAAAAUUAUAUGAUGGCAUACCAUUUGCAAUAGUAGACAACCCAAGGUAUUGCAAACAGGGUAUGUCCAGUCUUUAGUAGCCACUUAGUCACAAACACUGGCCAAAAUUGGCGUUUUUUGCAUUUUCACACACAAACAAAUACUAACGCUAACUUUGGCCAGUGUUUGUGACCAAAUGGCUACUAAAAAAGACUGGACAUACCCCAUUUGCAAUACCUUGGGUUGUCUACUAUUGCAAAUGGUAUGCCAUUAUGGGUGUAAAUUUCAUUCCCGGGCUACUAUACAGUCUCAAAGGCAACGUAACCAAUCUGGCGAAUUUCAAUUUCAAAUGUAACGUGCUAUAUUUGACCCUGUAACUUCCCAAAACGCCAUAAAACCUGUACAUAGGGGGUACUGUCUUACACGUGAGACUUUACUAAAUACAAAUAUGUGUAUUUUAUUGCAGUAAAAUCAAACAGUAUUAUGACACUGACCUUUAAAAUGCAAUUUAGAACUAAAAAAAUCAAACAAAUCGUAUUUUCUCCCAUUUUUUUCAUAUUAAAUUAUGUUUCAUAGCUAAAUAUUUGAUAUUAAAUGAAAGCCCUGUUUCCCCUGAAUAAAAUGAUAUAUAAUAAGGGUGGGUGCAUUUACUAUGAAAGAGGUGUAUUACGGUUGGACAGACAUGUAGCGCAAAUGCCAGGUUUUGUUUACAUUUUGUUUUGUUCACAAUGUGUACAUUUGGCUCCGUCCUUAAGGGGUUAAAUUUAGUUUUUUACUUUUUUCACACACAAACAAAUAUGAAUGCUAACUUUGGUCAGUGUUUUCGACUAAGUGGCUACUAAAAAAAGACUGGACAUACCCCAUAUUGAAUACCCUGGGUUGCCUACUUUAAAAAAAAAUGAUGUACAUGUGGGGUGUUAUUCAGAGAUUUAUGACAGAUAAUAGUGUUACAAUGUCACUAUUGAUAAAUUUUAAAAAUGUAUGUUUUGAAACCACAAUAUCCUACUUGUACCUAUAGCCCUAUAACUUGCAAAAAAAAAAAGCAAAAAAGCACGUAAACACUGGGUAUUUUUAAACUCAGGACAAAAUUUUGAAUCUAUUUAGCAGUUUUUUUCCAUUCGCUUUUGCAGAUGAGUAAAAGAUUUUUCAAAUAAAAGUAAAAAAACAUGUAUUUUUUUCAAUUUUUCAUCAUUUUUUUUAAAUUAAAUUACAUGAGAUUAUAUAAAUAAUGGUAUGUAAAGAAAGCCCCUUUUGUCCUGAAAAAAACAAUAUAUAAUUUGUAUGGGAACAGUAAAUGAGAGAGAGGAAAAGUACAGCUAAACACAAACACCACAAAAGUGUAAAAAUAUGCCUGGUCGCAAAUGUACAACAUCGCAAAAACAGUCUGGUCCUUAAGAGGUUAAUGUAGUUGUUCUGGUAAGUAUAGUCAGUCCCUGCACAAUUUGUAAUGUAAACACUGCCUUCUCUGAGAAAAGGCAGUGUUUACAUAUUGCCUAGUAACACCUUUAGUGGACGUCAUUCACCUCUAGAGGUGCUUCCUGUGACAAUGCUGCACAGUGUAUAACACUGGCGUUCAGAAUCUCCACACUCUGCAUGAAGAAGCUGAAUGUUUCCCAUAGAGAUGUAUUGAUUAAAUGCAUCUCUGAGGAGAUGUUGAUCGGUUCAGCGCAGCUUUUUGCUGUGCAUGAGCAAUAACCUCCUACAGAAAAGCAUUGGAUUGGCUGAGAACAUCAAGUUUGACUGGGGCAACGCUGGAAAGAAGGUAAGUAUAUUCACCUUCUCAAAGUAAAGUGAGGGGGGCCAGGGACUUAGUCAUUUUACCACUAUAGAGUCCGGAAUACAUGUUUUUGUUCCUGACAUUAUAGUGUUCCUUUAAACUAAAAAUUCACCUUGAGUUCACUUUGAAUUCUCACUUUAGUUUAUUUUGUUCAAUUUACCCUUGUAGUAAAAGAGAGUGCCUUUUAGAGUGUGUGAUUGUUAGAAAUGUCUCUUACAUGAAAGAGACAUAUUUUCCCUUUGAAGAUCUGUUAAGCUCUGCUAAAUUAUUCAGAGCAUAGUCCAAUUAUAUACAAAGAGUCAGGAAGGUGAUAAUGUACCAGAGCUUUGUAUGGUUGAUUAGAGAAGCCAUUUCUUUCAGACUCUUUGCCCCUAAACUGGUGGAAAAAAAUAAAAAAAUAAAAUAAAUCACCAGGCUAUUUGCAGCUAGGGAGAUGUGAGAUUUGAGCAGAGAAGCCGUGCAUUAGGUUUUUUGUUUUAUUUAUUUUUUAUAGACAGUACUCAUUACCUGUUGACAAGUGACAACAUGUGACAGAUGUCAACUGUUUGCACAACAGAAGAAUACAUCUAGAUGAGGAGUAGGAAAAGAAAUGAUUUAACAGUGGUAGUUUAAACCAUACUUUUAAUCCCAAUAUAUUUUAAAAUGUCUGUACUUUGUUCAUUUAUGUUAUUACACAUUUUGUACUCAGACUGUGAAUUUCUUUAGCAGUCACUUUUAACCUUGGCCCUCUUGUUUAAAUAUCAAUCCUUUUUCUCCCCCACCUUUGCCCCCCAUUACUUCAACAAACUGCUAAGGUUACAGUUUUUUUUCCCGGUGGGGGGCGGUGGGUAAUUGCGCAACAUUUCAGUAAAAAAUUGACAAUUUCAGUCCUGCAAAUAUUAAAGGGACAAUCUAGCUCACAAUUGCAGACUGUUAUAAAACAUUGCUGAGCUUUGUAAAGGCUGCUAUUUACUCACUUGCCAAAGAAAUAACAAAGCACGUUGACAUGUGUGAUAAUGGUUGUGCAGACAGGGAAUGGUUAACGAAAUCCUGUGGCUCGGCCGUGUUAUAGAGGCUGAUACAUGCAACUGGUUAUACGAAGAACAGCCAAUAGGAGGUGCUGAGAGUACUUCUGAUUGGUUAUGGGGCUAAAUUGGGCAGACCUUCAUGGAUUCUUGCUGCAAGGCCUGUGUCUACAACGCUACAAUUAAACCGUUUCACUGCCAGAGCCUGCACUCAAGCUUCCAACAGGGCUGUUACAAAUUUAUAGUGCUGGUUUAUUAGGUGAGGAUUUUUUUUGCUAUGGAAAGAAUUUUGACAAUUGGCUGUAAAGAGGGUUACGAUUGUCAAAGCUUUCUGAGUUUAAAGUUAGUUUGUGGAGUUUGUGAUUAAAGUGUAUUUACUAUGUUUUGUGUUUCUCCCUAUAUACAUGAAGGCUGAGUGGCUCAGUAUGACUGGGCAGCCUAAGGCUCACUCCAGAUCCCCAUUGAAAGCAUAUUAAAGCAGUGUUUGGAAACAGUCUUCAUGGAUUCUAGAUCCAGCUGUUUUGUGGAGGGCUGGUAAAUGACCGUGGCACUCAUCGUGUUAACCUGCCUCUUUCUGAUGCAUUCCAGCUGCUUCUGCCAAACAAGUGAAUGUUUGUCUUAAGAGCCUAGGAAAGCAGGAUGUGGUAGACCUAUCCAGCACAUAUCCUCUACCAUUACAGUGUCUGGACAGACUUUUAUUCCAGUUUAUAAAGCUGGCUUAGUACAAAAAAAAAAGAAAAAAAAAAAAAAAAAAGAGAAGGGAAAAAAAACCUCCCAGAAUGAAUCACUUCCCUUUUGUAUGCAGUUUGUCAGUCACAGGGCUCCUCUUGUAACAAUUUCAGGCUGUAGUUUACUAGGGUUCUGUGGAAGGAAUAAAGGAGGGUUUAAGUGAGAGACGUGCACCCAGAAGCAAGACCACCCUCUGCCUCUCCCUUUUUGACACGCUGGUUUUUUUUCUGCUUGCUUCUUCAGGAUGUUUCAGACUGUGAGCGACUGGUUUUGGUGGGACAGAAUUUGGCUGCCAUGUAACUAUACCUGGGAUGAUUUGGAAAACAGCGAAGGAACUGGCUCGGUUUCCCAGUAUCAGCUUUUCAUCACUCUCCCUUUGGCUUUAUUCUUCAUGCCCCUCCGAUAUGUUUUCGAAAGGUAAGAAUGUCUCACCCUGCCCUGUCUUUUCCAGUAUGGAUUUCACACUUUACUAUUCUUUUCCGUUAUAUGAUUCUGGAACUCCAAACAUUCGCAGUCCAGCCCUCCCUCAGGCAGGAACUAAACUUGUUGCAUUAGUUUGAUAGAAUGUAUAAAGUCCCUCUCUCUUAGCAGGGUGGGUAACCCAUAAUGUUACUCUUAUUUGAGGAUUAUGAAUGUAUCUAGUCCUAUAUUCUGCCCGGGGUAAAUAAAGAUAGUGUGAAACUAUAUGCUAACUUUCUUACUGCAUGAAACUUCUCAAUUCCGACAGUAUAGAAAAGCAUGACGUUUCUUUCAUUUAAAAUCUAUUGUGUGCAUACAGACAUUUUGUUUGUUUUAAAUAUAACACAUUUUGGUUGUUUACAAAACAGAUCGCUUGUGGCCUUCUCAUGAGCUAUGUGAUUUGCAAAAAAAAAUGGCAACUUCUUUUUAGUUUAGUUGUGAAGGUUUUUAUUUUGGCUUCUUUUAGGUCAAGUGUACAGUUGCUUUCAAUGGGGGAUAUUUAGUUUCUUAAAUCAAAAGAAAUACCUCAGUUGUGUCAAAGCAUACAGUUUGGUUACUAAACUAAAUUAAAAAUAAAAUGGAGCCAGCACAGAAAUGUCCCCUUUUGGACUAAAAUAGAUGACCUAAAUAAAAUAGAGAAAUGGAGUAUUCCUCCCCACCCAAUUUUAAUUUUUGUAGCUACAUUUUUCAAAUCUCUUCUCAUUUCUCCACAAUUCCUAGUUUAGUGGAUCUACCCCACAAUGAUUUAACCAUGUGACAGCAGGAAGCCGGUAGUUAACUAGGCCCCUGUUAAAAAAAAAUCCUUGCAGACAUUGUUUACCUUUUUUUUUUUUUUAAAUAGAUUUUCAAGAAAAAUUCUAUACAACCCAUUAAUAAACACUAAAGUAUUUCCAGCUGUAAAAGAUGGGUAAUUUCUCACACCUGAUCCCAAAUAUUUUUGUGGCAGAACUCGUUUUUUAAAAACAAUUCUGCAUCUUUUAAAGGAACACUCCGACCACCGUAAUCACUACAGUGUUCUGUUUUAAAAUAGUAUGAAUACUACUUAAUUUUAAAACCAUUUGAUUCAUUACAAUAUAUUAACAUAAAGUAAAACUGAAUGAUGCAACAGGUCAUAUUUGAUUUAAAUAUAUAUUUUUUCCCUUAGUAGCACUUAGCUUAAGGAUCCCCUUAAUGUCCAGUCAGCCACUGUUAGUAGAAAGGUUGAUUUUUACAUAAACAUUAGUGAUUAGAGGAACAUGUUUAUAUAAAGUUUGUGUAGGUUUGUCCUAAUUGUAUGCAAUUAGAUGAAAGAAGUUAAAAAAAAAAAGUUUACAGAUUUCACUUGGGGAAAAAACUUUUUUGAUAUCUCACAAGUUCCUGAAUAUCACUUUUUAAAAUUGUUUUGAUUUAGUAAUGUACCCGAAUAUUCUUUCCAUCAACUUAAUAGGUAUAUAUCCUGCAUCGUUUGUUCCUUUGCAUUGUAUUAUUACUAGAUACUAUUGAUACAUUGUAGAAUCAAAUUGCAAAAAAAGUGCACAAUUCAAAGUACUUAGGAAGUGAAAAGAGCUCUAAACACCUUGAGUUGUAUCCCCUAAACCACCUCCACAAAUAUAUAUAUAUAUAUAUAUAUAUAUAUAUAUAUAUAUAAAUUUAGCUCCCCUGUAUGUAUGUUUUAUACAUUGUAUAAUGACUGCAUACAUUAAUAUAGUAUACAUUUUCAUGCAUAUUGCUAUAUCUUUACCAGAUUAAUGCAACUCACCAUAAGCCAAUGAUAGUGAAGUAAUGGCAACCCAGCUGUUUAGAGUUUUGUUUCCUGACAUGCUUAGUCUGAGCAUUUUUGGUUGGCCAAUAUCAUUAAACUAAUCAACGGUGAAAAACAAGCUGCUUAUUACCCGGAUACAAGGUUUAUGUAUUGAAACUCUACUUCUGUUCUUGGCUGUGUGUCACACAGACCCAAACACAGUUUAGAUUACCCACUUAAAAGGUUACUCCAACCACCAUGACCAAUACUGAGUUAUGUUUAAUUGUGUGCUUGGGGAUUGUUAGACCCCCGGCACACGUGACUUAGGCAGCCCAGAACAUUUUUUUCUGGGCUGCCUAAUGUCAAUUCUGUGCAUAAAAAGCUGGCAACAGACUUUAAAAGAGAGCAUUCCCCUAUGUAAGAAGCCUGCAAUUGGACCUGGUGCAGAGGUGUGGAAAGUGGUUUCCAGGUAAGUAAUAACUUUAUUUUAAAGCUUAUUUUUUAAUUAGGGGGUGGGGGACCUAAACUAUAAUGCCCAAUAGGAUAUUAUACAAACAAAACAAGAAAAACACAGCAUGGAAACAAAAAGGUAGGUGUUACCCUUUAACCUUGUAUCUUGAUUCCAAAAUUCUUGCAAGUUACAGAUUUGCAGUUUACAUCUUUUUUUAUUUGAAUAUGCCACUUGUGCUGACGGACUGAUGUUUAGUAAACAGACAUUUGAAGUAUUUAUUUAUAUUUAACAUGUCCAGCUUUGUAUAUUGUUGUGCAGGAAGGUUUUUGUUUUUCUUACAAGCCAGAGAAAGAUUUGGGCUGCAUACCUUCUCUGCAAUGGAUGAUAUAAUCUGGCUUGUAUGAACAAGGCCUCUGGUCAUGUCUCACCCUGAGGCAGCACUGUGAGUCUGUGUGAGUCACUACCAUGUGCUGCUACCUCGCACACAGGGCCAAGAAGCUCUGGGUGUGUAGUGUGGAUUUCUGCUGAUAGCACAGUCAUCAUCUCCAUGAAAUUUAAAUUCAGCUGUACAUGGGAUGGAUUGUAUGGUUAUAAUUAUAUUAAGAUUUCUGUAGAGAGGUCAGAGCAAGGUUAGUUAGUGAUUAGUGUUUCAGCCGUGGAAUUGCAACUCUCAGCACCUUUAGUUCUGCAACAGCUAGAGAGCUACCUGUCUGUGUAAAUAGGUCUGAUCUGGCUGUAGUUGUUUAACCAUAGAAACACUUGUUUGCAGAAUGGCACAACAAGCACUCUGCUUAUAGACUGUCACUCACAAGCAAGGCUGUACCUGGUGUUCUUAUCUGUUUGCGAUUCUACAUUACGCUUUUGUUUUGAGUUCUACGAUACAAUGGAAACUGUUGAGCAUCAAUAUAUAAGUAAAUCAUUCGCACUAUGCAUAUUUCAAAAAUUUACUAAACCAUGUUUUUCUUGAUCAUUAUGGAAACCAAAACAUGUUCAUGGGGAGUAAGGAUCCCCUAUUAAGUGGGUGCUUUGCUGUAGGAUAGUCCCUUGAUUCCUUUACUGGUGAAUUCAGAUACAAAGGGGUUGCAGCACUCCAUAUCAUAGAAAUACAUUUGGAGUCAGUCAUGUCCAAAACUAAUCUAGAAUCUAGAUGUGUGCUUUUUUGUUUUUUUUAAUCAGUAUCUUUUGUUUUAAAAUGUUUGGAAUGUGAUAGAAAAUAUUUUAAUUUAAAAUGUCAUAGUGUCUGUAAAUAUAUUAGUGAACCUGAAUAUGUAUUUGUAAUUAUUUGUUCACUGGACCAGAUCUGGAAGUGUUCAUUUAAAAAAAAAUAAUACUUUAAUCCUUCAUGCCAUAUGCAACAGGAAGCGUUAAUUAAAGGGACACUAUAGGCACUACAACCACUUCAUCUAAUUGAAGUGGUGUGGGUGCACUGUGCCAGUCCUUAACCCUGCAGUCUUAAACAUUGCCGUGUUAAAACUGCCCCUAGGUGUUUCCUGCUGUUACAGAGUUAAAGGACCACUAUAGUGCCUUGAGGGUGCCCCCACCCUCAGGGUCCCACUCCCGCCGGGCUCUGGUGAGAGGAAAGGGGUAAAAACUUACCUUUUUCCAGCACUGGGCGGGGAGCUCUCCUCCUCCGAUCCUCCUCCUCUCCUCCCAUUCAGCUGAAUGCGCAUGCGUGGCAGGAGCUGCGCGCGCAUUCAGCCGGUCGCAUAGGAAAGUAUUUACAAUGCUUUCCCAUGGACGCUUGCGUGCUCUCACUGUGAUUUUCACAGUGAGAAUCACGCAAGCGCCUCUAGCGGCUGUCAAUGAGACAGCCGCUAGAGGAAUUGGAGGAAGGACUAACCCAUUUGUAAACAUAGCAGUUUCUCUGAAACUGCUAUGUUUAUAAAAAAAAAAGGGUUAAUCCUAGCUGGACCUGGCACCCAGACCACUUCAUUAAGCUGAAGUGGUCUGGGUGCCUAGAGUGGUCCUUUAACUCCAUGAAACGACAUACGUUUUCCCCUAAUUGUACAGCGCUGCCAAAUAUGUUGAUUCUUUAUAAAUGCUAGUAAUUAAAAUCCGCUACUUGCUAUGGCACACAGGUUGAGUGGAAUAAAUAAAAACAAGUUAGACUAAGUAGCUUGUCUAUGGUGAAGGCUGGAUUCAUAGAUGCAAGUGGAAUUCUUGACCUCUCAGUUAUAAAGGAGAGAGGAUGAAAAACGUUAUAUGUGCGCAACAGAAAUUGUUCGUCCAAUAACAGACUAGCUGUUUUCACACUUUAAACUGUACACUCAGACAUUAGACUUUGUCAACAUGCUAAAUUAGAAUCUGAUUAAAUAAAUCAUUAAGAUUUAUUGCUUGGACAAAAAAAAGGUUUUCUUGGCACUCCCUGUUUAAAAUCACUCAUUUAUUUUUGAGCUUCCCUGCCUUGUGACACAAUGAAUAGGUAAGGCUUGUUUUAGAAGCUGUGGACACUCCUACAUAGCUCUGUAACUGAUAUGGGUCACUUCUACAAGAGCAUUUAGUUGUGUUUACAGAGCUAUGUAGAGUUGCACCAUAUGACAUUAUGACAUUACUGGGUUAUUUGCCUUGUUAUUUAGCACCUGUGUGCGGUGACUGGCUCAGUGCUCUCUGCAUGUCAUUAACCCUUCCCACUGCCACAAAAGUAUGCAUCCUGUACCAGCGCCUGCUUCCUGACAUCACUCGUUUACUACAUUUAAGAGAUGCUGGAUAUCUGAACAUUUUCUUCUGUUGAUAAAGGAGAACACACAAUAUGCAGCGGCAUGCAGUAGUGUUAUUCAAAGCUCAUUCCAUGACACGCAGCAUUCAUUCAUGAUAUUUAUAGAUUAGAAGCAUACCUGAACAUUUUAAUCAUGGUUUGUUUUUGUAUUUAGGUUUUUGCACACCAGUCAAGCCAUAAGACUUGCUUUUCCCACAGAAAUCCCAAAUCUGCAGUGAUGUCACAACCGCAAAGGAUUCUGGGUGGGCAUAUGCAAAUUAGUUUAACAAAGAAUCACAUUUUUGCCUCAUUCCAUUUUAAACAUGGAUUCCUUUUAAUCUAUUUAAGUAACAUGAAAGUUACCUGAACAGGAAAUUAUACUCUGCGGUGCAUAUGGCACACCACUGCUGUGAUAUGUGAUAACGCAAAGUUAUUCCUGCUGCCAUUCCAGAAUGACCGUAUAGAGCAUCUGAGCAUAAAGAUCCUAGUUUAUUGCAGAUCUCCCUGAUUGAUGUGCUGGCCAAAAUUUUUCAAUAACCCCAGUCGGAGUGGGAUUGAAAAUUAAAGUGUUCAAAUGUAUUUAAUGAUGGGGAAAACAUGUUGGUAGAAAGCAGAUCAACAUGUUAGUUCUGUUUUAACUGGAUCAUGAUGUUUUGAACCCAGGCAUUGAUUCUUGUAAUGCAAAUUGAUAUCCAUUUAUCCAUAAAUAACAUUUCUACAAAUUGGAGUACAGAAAGUAUAAAACAAUCAAGUAAAAAUGGCGCUAAAAAAUAAAAAAUAGUAUCACUUACAAAGGCUAGCAAGCACUAAUAAAAGUGAAAUAGCUCUAAAACCACUUAAAUAGAAUACAACAAAAGAACAAAAGAUCAAUAUGUAAACAAAUGAUCCAACUGUAGUGAAUAAACCGUGAACAGAUGUUACUGAAAAAGGUGGAUUUUAUCAAUUGGGAGGUUGACAACAAUAUCCAUGAAGUCAAGGUACUUCGAAAAUACCGCGUGGACAAAAGAGAAGAUUACACAAAGUAUAAUAAGCUCAGCAGGAAUGUUAGAGAACUUGCACAAAAAAUUCGAGACCUAGAUGAAAAAGACACUUUUCGAAUCCAGAGUACUUCCAAGCUUCUAGAGAAACUAAUAGCCUUCUAAGUAAGACGGGUAUAUGUUCUGAGAGACGGCAACCACCCGAACGUGAUUUGAGGAAGCCGUCAAGGCGAAACGCGUCAUCACGUUCUUCAGACGUACGACGUCAUUACGUGUCAGGAGCACCUCCUACUCCCGGAAGCAUCUAUCCACUGAAAGACCGCAAGUGCAUGCCGCGAGUCAGAAGGGGAUCUGCACCAGCUUGGCUUCCCAGGGAGAAGGGUGAUGAUUCACUGUGAAAUUUUAUACUAAUAAAGUCUUAUUUUUAUUUGGUGCCGUCCUGCUUGUUUCAAGCACAUCUAUCUACUAUCCUACAGAAUCCUGAUGAGAGGAUUUGAAAGCCUUUAUAGUUGGAGCAGACUUUAUUCUGCUCUACCAUUGUGCGUGAUAUUCUUCUAUUAUUUUCUGAUAACAUUUGUGAUACAGAGUUACACUAUAUUGUGUUCUUUUGUUCCUCUACUCUUUAUUUUUAUGUGGAGCGUUUUAAAGAGAUACUCCUUCAAGUGUCAGCAGAGUCUAAAUUUAAAGGAGUAAGUGCUUUGUUGUUUGAAUUUCACAUAGAGCACAUAUUCACAGGGUAUUUACCACUGGAUUAAAUUUAUUUGCACUUUAAUAAUAUAUAUAUUAUAUUCGCACUUUAUUCACUACAGUUGGAUCAUUUGUUUACAUAUUGUUCAUAUUGUUACAUUAGCACUUAAAGGCACAGCGCACUUUUGUUCUUUUGUAACAUUUCUACAAAUGUCCAUUCCUGUGCGUGUGUGUGAAAGGUCCUCGAAAGACCUUUGCAGUGCCUAAAUUGCAGAAAUCAAAAUAUUUCCGGCUAGAAAUUUAAAAUGUUUUAUUGGGCUGUGCCCUUAAACAGGCAGGAAAUCAAAAGGGAAACUCACUGAAAAGUAACAGACAUGUAGCAUGGGUAUCAACAUUUCACACUAAUGCACCAUCUUUAAUGAAAUACAUUAGGUACAACUAGAGUACUCCUUGUAAAAACAUGAACCUAUUUGUACCUCUCCUCAAACCAUUCUAGAACAUUAGUGUUUUAUUCUAGACACAUAAAUAUUGCAGACUAACACAGUAAUCAAGUUUGUGUAAGCAUGUUUUGGUUUAUUUUUGUUGUAAAAAAAGAAAAUAUACAAAGGUAGAAGAAAAAAAUUGGAAAUAGGGAGCCUUUUGAUACAAAGGUGAGUGAAUAGAAGCAGGCAGAUAUACUAUUAGAAUCAAAGAUUAAAGGAACACUCAAAAAACCAUAAGUAAUAGAGGUUAUGGUCCCUGGAUUGCCCUGGGCACUCAUGUGGGACGUAGCUCAUUGGCUGAGAGCGAUCAGUAAGGCUUGGUUCAGGAGAGCUAAUGGAAGUUCUUGCUCAUGAACUUUUUGCUCUUAGAAGAUGGUAGUGGAGGCAGCGCUCGGUGGACUAAAAGUAAGAAGUCACACUGUACUAAAGUGAACAAACUGUAGUGGCUAUAUUUGGAGUGUUUUAAUAUGUUUAAAGUUGUUUUUCCAACAAGUUAUCCAUUAUAUGAAUAAAUCAUGUUUUUGGAUGAAAGCUUUCCAAAACAUAGAGAUUAGAGUAUGGGUUGCAGUGCAGAUGGAAUAAACCAAAUGUAGAUGGCUUUUGCAGUUGAUAUGUAGUUCAGUUUGCAAUAAGGUCUUGGACCAAUGUAAUCACUGGUUUGACAUAUUUGGCAACUUAUUUUCUAAGAAAUAAACUUAAAUUCAUUUUACAUUUAUAGGUGCAGCUCCAAACUCAUUAUUUUUAAUCUGAUCAAAUCUGUGGGACACAGUUGCUGAUCUCAAUGGAAACCGCAAUUUCAAUAAUCAUGGCAAUCAAUAAAUAUCAGGCAUGUCAACCCCUUAGCACAGGGCUUGACAUGUUUUCCUAGAAUUUAGCACAUUGGGCCAAAUGUUAAGAGCUAGACAAAAUUAGAUACACAUCAAUGUCAAGUAUUAGGAGCUAGACACAAAUAGAGGCUCACUCUUUCUCACAAACUCUGAUAGAUUUAAAUCUAGAACUGUUAAAACAAUAUGAUUUUAACUUAGAAACAAUAUAUCUUUUAAUUGUAUGCUGCUUAUCUUAACAACUUAUAUAUUGUUUUAACACCUUUUUUGGGCACCCAAGAGAGUGCUAUUCUGUGGGGAGGUAUGGAGAGUCACUACCAACAAUCACUACAUCAGAGGCAAGGGGAGCCCCUUUUUCCAAGGCAGCAGGAGCCCUCCGCUUUAUAGACCUGCAUUUAGCCGCAACCAGCCUGGAACUCCUCACCAGAUCGAUAUGUGGCCAAUACCCAGUCGAAACUGUAUUCGAUUAUUUUUCGGGCUUGGCAUCUCUGAUCCGGCUGAUAUUUGGAGUACGCAAUAGGGAAUCGAGACUUGUCCGGGACUGUAUAAUUGUGUUGUGGGACUGCAUGGUUUACGUUGUUGCGUUAUAGGAGAACCAGCCAGUAAGCGCUCUGACCAAAAGCCACUCAGAACUUUCGGCAUGCAGAACAUGAUUUUGCUUAGUUUGACAUAGUUAACCUGAUACAAUUUGGAUAUUGAAUUGGGCAACAACACUGCCCGAAAGGUCAGUUGAUCUGUCCUUCAGUCAUGUGAAAAAUUUAUUUUUGAGGUUAUUCAAUUGCCGCUUCUCUGGGUUUGAAAGGAAUACUCCAUUACACAUUUUGGCCUUGGGUUUACUAUAGAAAGCCUUCACUGCCGCUGUGAAGCGGAAAGGGAAGUUACAUUUGCUGAGUACUGCUUGCAGGAAUGACCGAUUAAAGGGACACUAUAGUCAUCAGAACAACUACAGCUUAUUGAAUUUGUUCUGGUGAGUAUAAUCAUUCCCUCCAGGCUUUUUGCAAUAAACACAGUCUUUUCAGAGAAAAUGCAGUGUUUACAUUACAGCCUAGGGAUAACUCCACUGGCCACUCCUCAGAUAGCUACACUAGGUGCUUCCUGGAGCAGUGCUGCACAGUUUGCAGUACUGCCAUUCAGUGUCUCCACCUUCUGCAUGGAGACAGUGAACUUUCCUCAUAGAGAUGCAUUGAUUCAAUUCAACUCUAUGAGGAGAUGUUGAUUGGCCAGGGCUGUGUUUGACUUGUGCUGGCUCUGCCCCAAUCUGCUUUCUUGACAGUCUCAGCCAAUCCAAUGGGAAAGCAUUGUGAUUGACUGACUCAGAAAGCUUCUGAUGUCAGCCAAGUAGGCAGAUCAGGGGCAGAGCCAGCAGCUGAUGACUUUUAAUAUAUUUAGCAGGGUAAGGGGGGUUAGAUGGUGAUUUCAACCUAUAGGGUCAGUAAUACAUGUUAGUGUUUCUUUAGUGUUUCUUUAAGGUGAUCGAAAAUCUUUGACUUCUAAUGAGAGAAAAACGCUCUUGCUUAUUUUUGUUUUAUUAAGGCUAUAAAGGAGAUCGAGUGCUUUGCAUGUGCCAUCUGUUCUUUGCCUUCCUCUGACAAAACCUACUUGAUCUGAGUGUAUGAUGGUAUGGAGUAAAUCAAUCAGUCUGUUGGAGAAUUCUCUUGCAUAAUUUUGAUGUUGAACUUGAGUAGAGAGAGCAGAAAGUUGGGCAUUUAUUGGGUGGCUUGCUAGCCUUUUCGUAGUGUGGAGACAUGUGCCGUUAAUAUCUCAGAUGAUGGGGUAUACUGUUUUUAUAAUAAAGGUUCAAAAAGCUGUCUGGCACUGGGGCUUUCUCCUUGGUGUUUGGUCGAUUUGCAUGUAUAAAGGUCUCAAUUUAUUCUGAUGCCUGUGGGUAGGCGAACUUUGGAAAGGAAUCAGUCUGUUUCCUGACUGGUCGGUUGGUGAAGGGCGUUACCAUCUUUUAAAGUUAUAUAAAUGACUAUAGAACUUUGUAAACUCAUAACAAACAUCUUGGGGUUUUUAGAUGUUUAUGGCCAUCUGUUGUAAGGAAGUUUGUCUUCUCAUUUCAUACAGCUCUCCUCUGUUUGAGUCUCUUCUUGUUUGGAGUCUUUUGAAUGUAUUGGUUAAUCCCUAAGAUAGUUUCUUAACUUCUUAUCUUCUGUAGCAAAAUAAUUAAACAAUUAAUUUGUUACUGCAUAUGGUAUGUAUUUAAUAGUAAAACCAUUAGCUUGCUAUAUUAGUGUGCUUACAAUACUUUUGUAUAUCAAAGAACAUGCUUUAUUGGAGUGUAAAGCUAUCUCCUGCAUAAAUAGGAAGGUUACAAAAUAACAGAAGGUGGUGCUUUUAAUGUAAAUACAAUUGUACAGAGGCUUCCUGUUCUUUGAAGAAAAGAAAAAGGAAGGAUGUAAUUCUAAACAACAAGUUCAUUUUUGGUCACAUUCCAAUUCAUACACUAAUUUUUACAGCACCUUAAUGGAAGACUACUGGUAACGUUAUUCUAGGAUUUAAUGUUAAACAACUUAUUAUUAGUUUCCCUCAAUGUAGCUGUAUGAACGUUCAUUAUGCUUAAAGGAUCACUAUAGGGUCAGGAACACAAACUUGUAUUUCUGACCCUAUAGUGUUAAAACCACCAUCUAGCCCCCCUGGGCCCCUCAUGCCUCCAUAAAUAUAGCAAAAUCUUACUGUAUUCAAGCCUGAAGUUGUAACUCUGCAUGCUGUUAGACUCAGAAAAACAAGCAGUCUGCUGACAUAAUUAGAAGUGGUGGCCUUAUACAAGUCCCAUGCCUGUGAUACAAUGUUAGCCACUGAUGAAGUGAACCUGUGUUUACAGAACCCAUUAGGCGGGACAUUUGAACAGAAUCAGCAGAGUUGGAAGCAAUACACAGAGCAGUCCGAGCCUCAGUGGGAUUCAUAUUGACAUUGCGACACUACACACUCCUGUGCCUUGUUAGUUCCUGGAUUAUUACAUUAAGAAGCGCCCACUUCUCCUCCUCAAACCGGCAUGUGGAGGUAAACUGGGAGUGACUGGCACUUUCUAAGGGCUGGGUUCCCCAAAAAGCAAUUCCCAAUUCACGGUCUUCUGAGUGUUUUUAAUCUCUUUUGCAUUUAUUAAAUUAUUGUUUUAGCUCUGUGAAAAAAAAAAAAAAAGUGGUGGCCUGAUACAACCACAAUGCUUCCCCAUAGGAUUGGCUGAGACUGACAAAGAGGCAGAUCAGGGGCAGAGCCAGCAUGAUUCAAACACAGCCCUGGCCAAUCAGCAUCUCCUCAUAGAGAUGAAUUGAAUCAAUGAAUCUCUAUGAGGAAAGUUCAGUGUCUGCAUGCAGAGGUAGGAGAUACUGAAUUUUUGGAUGCAUUUUAGGCAGCCAUGACCCAGGAAGGAUCUCUGACAGCUAUCUGAGGAGUGGCCAGUGAAGUUAUCACUAGGCUGUAAUGUAAACACUGCAUUUUCUCUGAAAAGACAGUGUUUACAGCAAAAUGCCUGAAGGUAAUGAUUCUACUCACCAGAACAAAUCCAACUAGAAAAGCUACAAUUUCUCUAAUCAAAGGGUCACGUAGGGAUUUAUCCAUCUUUAAGGCCAUUAUUGAAGGAAUUUUCAAUUAAUCAAUAGCUGAGUUGGCCCUUUGUAAAAUGUGCUAAUAUUUCAGUUUUUUUGUUUUGGUUUUUUUUUGUGUGAAUGGGCUCUAUAAUGACUAACAACACUCAUGGGAGGCUUGUGUGUCUUCAGAUUAUUUACUUGCCUGUUAAUCUGAGGCACAAGUUUACAACGAUCUUUAGUGUUAUAAACAGACUGUUCUUAUAUGAGCUAUUUCUUUGGAUAUCCUUGUUGUCCUGUUGUAGAACUUAUUUUUAUUAUUAUACAUGUCUGUGACUACAGUUAUCUGUAUUGAUGACCAUAAACUUGACUGUGAAGUGUUCUUGCCUCCACCAGUAGUCUACAACUGGAGUGGGCGGAGUAACUGUUAUUAUUUAUUUAUAUAGCACAUUUAAUUGCAAUGUUGUUGCCCAAAGUGCUUCACAGUUACAUUAAAACAUACAUUUAUAAAAAUUUUAUACACACACACACACAUAUAUAUAUAUAUAUAUAUAUAUAUAUAUAUAUAUAUAUAUAUAUAUAUAUAUAUAUAUAUAUAUAUAUAUAUAUAUAUAAAAUGAUAUCAGUAAUAAUACUACCUACUACUUUAUAAGGUGGUCUCUAUUUCACAACCCCCAUAGAUGAAGAGCGAGAAAAUAAUAAUACCAUGACUUUCAUUCCGAAAAGAAAGUUACAGUAAGUAUGGAAACUUUCUACAUUCUUAAUGAUACCAUAGCAACAUUGACUUAUGGUAAAUACCCAAGCCAUACAUGUAUGCAGUGUGAUAUAGUUUAGAUAUCAGCUAAAACAAAGAUCUUGGACAUCAACUAAAAUGUACAAUAAACAUUACUGAUAUACAUUAAUAUCAAAGUCAACUUCUUAAAGUGUAACCUCCUCAGUAGGAAAAUCAAUAGUUUAAUUUAUGGUACUAUAUCUGUCCAGACAAAAGGAGUGUACUCUUUUUGUCUGGAGACCUAGAAAAUAGCUUUAAUACAAUCAAAAUAUUGAUUGUGUACGAUUUUUCCAGGUCCAUUUCGAACGUGUAUUGCCUGCUGAGACAGGAACACUAGUCAGCCAAUUUCAGGAGGCAAAUGGGAAGUAUAAGCAUAAUGUAUAUAACAUUUAUAUAUAGGCAUAUGAAAUAACAAUCAAAAUUACAUGUAGGCAAAUGAAAGCAGCCAAUCGCUGUAGAUCUGGAUAGAAGACUUCUAACACAUAUUAAGAUGGUUUCAUAUAUAGCCAUUUUUCACUGUCAUCUACCGUAUAAAAUAUAGGAGUUCUAUAUAAUGCACAGUCAUAUGUAUUUACCAUGAUAUGACAUUUGGUCCCUCUUUAAAACACCUCAAUAGCUUGUCAAAUUUUGGUUGUCAAGAUGUGAACCAAAACAAAUCCACACAAGUUGUUCCAAUACAGGGACUUUCCUAAUUAUUCUGAAUAUUACAACAUACAAUAAACAGUUUUUUUACCUGCUAAGAGGGAUUGAAAAUUGAGUUGCAAGGCUUACUCUGCUUUUCUGCUAUAGAAAUACCUAGAUCAGUAGAAGUGGCCAUCUGGUAAUUAAAACACUUGAAAAAUAACGAACUAAUCUAGCUUUAAAGAAACACUACCACCUUCAUAAGACUGUCAUCUUAUUUAAGUCUUGCAUUCAGGGGUUAAAAACCAUUUUGCAAUAGUUUAACCCCUAAGUUUGUUCUUUGGCACCUGACACAGUUGCUCCCUGUCUUCCAUCACCUCUGACUGCCCAGUAUGAGGACGAUUUUGCUGAGCUGCUGGCGAUUGACUGAGAGUGUCACUUACAUUGGUGCCAACAGUCCUGAGUCUGCAUAGACAGCCUCACAUUUUAGGAUACUGUUUCAGCAAAUUUAGGUCCUAGGAACCUGCCCCCAAUUUUGGAAUCUGAUGGCAGAUUUCAAAAUGCAGGAGGUGAUUGGACACUUGUACUAUGUUUAGAGUAUUUCAGCAUUGCUCCAGGCAUGGCCUGUUUGAGGGAGCAACACAAGAGAUUCAAAUGAAGGAUAAAUUCCACCAAAGUGAACCCGACACCGUUUCAACUUACUAUGGUUUUUGUCAAGCUUGUGCUUACCACACUGUUUACAGUGCUUUUAGGGUGUUUGAUGCCUUGCUACAUUGUGUGCUUUAAAGCCUGAAGGUACAGGAGCAUUGGGGACCUUUAAGUACAUGUGUGGCGCUCACAGCAAUGUGCGUAAGACUCUACCAUAGAGCAUUAUCGAAUAGAUUGAUUCUAUAUGGCCGACCAUGACGGCACUGGGCAUGCACACGUGACGUUAUUGUAUGAGAACCGGGAAGUAAGAUUCCUGGCUGUCAUACCCAGAGGCUUGGAAGUGCAGCUUCGAGCCACACUUCCAAGCCCUCUGUGUAGGAGAGCCAGGAAUCUAUAUAAGCUUAUCUGAAAGCUAUCUUCCACUUGCAGGCAGUGCAUACGUAAAAUAUGCACAGAAUUGACAUUAAGUAGCGCGGAACAUCUUGGUGCCAGAUAGCACAGGACACGUUCAGAGGUUUGGUUGAGUCCAUGCGUUGACGUAUUAGAGCUGUUUUGGCAGCAUGAGGAGGAAUUACACAAUGUGAUUUUAAUAUUGUGGCUGAUCUGUUUAGAGACAGCCUGUUUCCACAGCCAAGGGGCUCCCAGCAUUUUAUUAAAAAAAAAAAAAGAAAAAAAAAAAGUGCACUGCAAAGAAAUGUUACAAUAUGUCAUGAAGAUGUAUCAGAAAAAAUGUUUAGAUACACUCAAUAAGCAUAUGUUGCCAGAGUGAAAUGGUAAUUAAUAUUUGUACCACAGAAAGUUCAAUUCCUAGAAAAAAUACAAUGUACCGGAAAACAGGCAACAGCCAACUAGAAAGACGUGAGUCUGGGGGAAACAAAAAUAAAGCGUGUAUUUGAGGUUUAAUCAAGGCAAGCAAACUUUAUAGGAACACAUAAAAACAGCAAACAAAUCUGUCUCGUUUCAAACCAUCAAGUGUAUGGUUCCAGUAAGCUUCAAGUUUCUUGAGAAGUCUCGUCUGCCACCCAGAUGCGUUUGUGUAGCAGUCAUCAUUCACUUAAGUUGUGAUGCUGUUUGGUUACAUGUACAAAAAUUAAAAGGGACUUGUUUGUCCAAUUUGAGCCCACUCUUGCAUUUGAUCAGAGAUACCACAACUGUUUGUUUGAAUCCUAAAUUAUUUGCCAGUCUGGUGAUGUAAAAAUUGCUGGCUUUUAAGAGCUACUAGAACUACAGUUUAGGCAAGGAAAAUUUCCAACCUGUGCUUUACCAUGGAAUCUUUGUUGGAAUUAGAAUAAGCAGGGGAGCUUUAUAUUCCGCUUUAAUCAAAGGGUCACUUAGGGAUUUAUCCAUCUUUAAGGCCAUUAUUGAAGGAAUUUUCAAUUAAUCAAUAGCUGAGUUGGCCCUUUGUAAAAUGUGCUAAUAUUUCAGUUUUUUUGUUUUGGUUUUUUUUUGUGUGAAUGGGCUCUAUAAUGACUAACAACACUCAUGGGAGGCUUGUGUGUCUUCAGAUUAUUUACUUGCCUGUUAAUCUGAGGCACAAGUUUACAACGAUCUUUAGUGUUAUAAACAGACUGUUCUUAUAUGAGCUAUUUCUUUGGAUAUCCUUGUUGUAGAACUUAUUUUUAUUAUUAUACAUGUCUGUGACUACAGUUAUCUGUAUUGAUGACCAUAAACUUGACUCUGUAUAGAUAACUCGGAGGGAGUGCAAACAACAAGUCCUGUCAUUAGAUUUAACAAACAAAUGUCUCCAAUGCAAACACCCCCCCCCCUUUUUUAUUUUAUUUAUUUUUUAACCGUAGUGUUAAGGAAAACUUACAGGAACAUUGAUGGAAUUAAUCUCCUUCACUCUAGUGCUGUGGCUCUAUGGUUGAUUGUUGCUGUAUUGGUGGUUAUUAUAAGGAGGCUAUGAGAACACCAUCUGUAUAUUGCAGUGCAGAUCCCUUGCAUAAAUUCUUUAUGAAAGACCAGCCCACUUGAAGGUCAGUCCCGUCCCCUUGAAAGGCUGAUAUGCCCCCUGCAUGCCUGCUCUCUCACCUGCCACUUCUGAAAGAUGGGCAGGGAUGUUGGUAGGCAUUAACCUGUCAAUCACCUUCUAUUGAGAGAAACCGUAUGUGCGACCUAGCAAAUCCUUCCUCAUACUGUGAAGGCAUAUAGAAAGGAAGUGGUGGGAGGGACAUCUGUGUUGGGCACCUAGGGACCAACUUUGAGGCUAGUCUAUUGCAAUAAGAUUUAUCCUCUGAAGGUAUGACUGUGCAAGGACAUUUCUGCUUGUAUAACAUUGUACAGCGCUGUGAAAUUUGUUUGCGCUACAUAAAUAAUAACUUCAAUGAGCUAAAUUAAGGGGGUGGUAGUGUUCCUUUUAUCUUAAAUGGUUAUGAUUCCUUAGCAGUGAAUUACAUUAUGAUUUUCUUUAGCUCCUUUACUUCCUGUAUGGAGUAGGGGAGGGGGGUAUUUCUGUUGACCCUUUCUGAAAGGGUUCUAGACUCUGCUCAGGACUUAUUUUAGGUUAUUCCUGUGGAAAACUUCUCAAUAAAUAAAGAGGUACUAUGCACAUCAGAAAAUAAAGAGAUUGCAAAAUGCAUGUCCCACGUAUGGUUAAAGUGUUACUUUAUGAUAAAUUUACUAUUCAUAUACAAAAUACAGUUGAAUGAUCUAGGCAUCUUGUGUUUACAAACUCACAGAACUCAUAAUUACCUUUUGACUUAAUUAACUAUAGACUAAUGGGGAAAAAAAUACUCUGAUACCUACAUUUCUACAUUUUGAAAGUUAUAGAUAAUAGACAUCUGCUUUACAAAUAUACAAUGUCUGAUCAGUGAGGAGAAAAACAAGCUGCUGGGGUUGCAGUAUUUUGCAGUUUCACAAAACAAUCGCCUGUUUGAUCAAUUGAAGUACAUUCAAACCACAGCAUAAUGGAAAGGGAGGCUACUACAUGUUCUUGCCUCAAGUGUAUUUUUUUCCUAGUCACGCCUUAUGUUCAUUAGAGCAAUAUAAAUGCACAAGAUGUGACACUGGAAUGAAAAAGCUCUUACUCUUAUCUCUUACGCCACUCUAAUUUUCACAUGCAGAAAUAUUUAAGAUUGGAAGACAAAAAAAUGCUACUUUCUACCUUUUUAAUCUGGAGUAUAUGAACAUACAGUUGAAUUACUGUAAAACAGAUUGUUGUAGGAGUGACCUUAAAGAACACUAUAGACACCAGGACCACUACAACUUAAUGUUGUGGUACUGGUGAAUAGCCUGUCCCUGUAGGCUUUUCAGUGUAAAUGCUGCUUUUUCAGAGAAAUUACAGUGUUUACAUUGCUGUCUAGUAAUCCCUCUAGACGGCUACUAGAGGUGCUUCCUGUGGCAGUGCUGCGUUGAUUUAAUUCAUCUCUAUUAGAAGAAACUGGUGCGUGCACAAUAGCCUCCCAAUGCUUUCCUGUGGGAAGGCAUUGGAUUGAUUGAGAUAAUAAAGUUUGAUAAUCUCUAUCAUGGAGGCGGAGCCAACAGCUGCAAGAACGGCACAGCAUGGAAGAAAAGGGGGGCAAAAUCAUCUUAUUACAGCACAAAGGGGGACUAGACACCUAAAUAGGUAUUCUUGGAUUUAUAGUUCUAAAAUAACAGUUUUCGACACUAUAUAGUGUUACUUUAAAACUAUUUUCCUUUUUUUUAUUUUUUUUAUUCCAGGUCUCCUUCAGCAAUGGUAGGGGAACUUAUUCGGCUAGACACCUGCAGCCCAUACAAAGACACUAAUUAUGUCUCCAAAGAUUAACUCAUUAGAGGGAAAAUAAUUCCAAUUCAAAGCAAAUACUUUCUGAUAUAACAUGUGAAUGUGUGUGUAUGUAAUAAUUAUCAGCAUAUUUGUGUUUCUAUAUUAAAUAGUUUUAUUAUUGUAUAGUAAUAUUAUAUAUUGCUUAUAUAUUGCUUAUAUAUCCUGGUACAGAUAUAUUUGUCUCAUUUUUGAUCUGUAUCUUUCUUUCGGCAGGGUUGUUGCUAUACCUGUGGCCAGAGCCAUGGGUAUAAGGAGCAAAGUACGACUAAAAGCUUCGGUUAAUCCAGUUUUGGAAGAUUUCUACAUCUCGUGCUCUAAGCGCCCAUCUCAAGUAAGUUAUUUUCAAAGAUGCACACUACAGAGCAAAAGUCACAGUAUAUCGCUACAGAUGUCUUUAGAAAAUAUAUUUUACUAUGUUUACAUUUGUCAGACCGCAGGGGCAGUUUAUUUUAAUUUUUUUUAAUCUAUCACUACAUUUAAUGAACACUCGAAGGAGUGCUUGAUGUUUUGCUAUGGGGUGAAUGUGCUCAGUAGGUCUGUCAUGCUCCGUGUACUAACUAAUAAAAGAACAAAGAAUGAGCAACAUUCGCCAAAUCAGUAUCUAACUUUAGAAUAGUGGGUAACGAUAGUGAGAUCAUUUGACUGUGCAAAUUAUACAUGUUGCAUGUUGUACAGACAUGCAAAGCACAGUAUGCUGCUCUGGGAUAAACUUAAAACUACAGGAGUGUGGGCCAAGAGGAGUUUGCAUAUAAUGUUUGUUAUAUUUACAUAGAUGGAAUAGAUUUUAAAAACAUUUCUAAAUUGUUGACUGCAGAAUAUUAAUCUCUAAAUAUAGGUAUCCUGUAGAUUUGAUAGCAGGAUGUAGCUUAUUUACACAUUUCUGAAUAAACUAUAUCUUAAUGUACCAAACAAACAAAUGAACGACAAUGACGUAUUGUUAGUCCUUCAAUAUAUAUGCAAACAAUAUUGUCUCUUUAACCCCUUAAGGUCUUUUCUGAGCUCUUAUUUGCUAUGCCUUUUUUAUUUAUUUUUUUAGCAUAAUUUAACACUUUCUGUUUAAAGAAACACCCCAGAUAAAUAAAGUUAAUCUUGCGGAAGUGCUUUAUGUGUGUGGAGUCUGUCCUUUUUGUAACAUUUUAUAAAAGUGCAGCUAUCAAUAAAAUCAGCACUUUUCUAUUUAGGGACAUAAUCUCCACCUUGACAUUCAUUCAGAGAGGUUUUCUUCCGCUUCUGUUAGCUCCAGAGCGCUAACGGAAGCAGCAGGAGUGCCAAGCUACAGCAUGCCUGCUUCCCCCCCCCCUUUUCAAUAAGCUGUACUACACCUCAUGUACUGGCAUAGGAAAACUGAUCCCAUACAUGCCCGCAGCUCCAGUAGAAAUGCUUCUUAAUGAGAAGCCUCUGAUUGGAGUGUUCCCUGGCACAAACUGAAGGUCUGCGUGUGUAUUUUGGGAGUAUAUCUACUAAAUUGUUAAAAAGGAAAAAAAAGAAAUUCUAAAGAUUUUUUUUUUUUCUGUGUGCCCAUACAUAUUAUGUAUGAAUAGACUGGUUAGAAUUUCUUCUCAUACCCUAAAUGUAUACAUAACACAACUUGAAAAGUGAAAUAUUACAUGGGGGCGGGAAACUUUUUUUUUUUUUAUUUAUUUAUUUUUUUUUAUUUAUUUAUUUUUUUUUUUUUUUUCAGUUUUGCUUAUAAUAGACAUGUGUAACUAAAGAAGCAAAACUCAAAUAGGUUCCACUUUUAGUCCUAGGUGCAAUGCACAAUAUGUUCAUGAUUUCAACACAUUUUUGGACGUUAUAGGACAAAUAUUGCAAGGAGUGAUCUUGUUUUAAAGGGAUAUCUACAGCUUAUUGCAUUUGUUCUAGUGAGUAGAAUCAUUCCCUUCAGGCUUUUUGCUGUAAACAUGGUCUUUUCAGAGAAAAUGAAGUGUUUACAUUAAUGCCUAGUGAUAACUGUACUGGCCACUCCACUAGAUGGCUGCUAGAUGGCUGCUAGAGGUGCUUCCUGGGGCAGUGCUGCCAUUCAGUGUCUCCACCCUAUGCAUGCAGACACUGAACUUUCCUCAUAGAGAUGCAUUGAUUCAAUUCAGCUCUAUGAGGAGAUGCUGAUUGGCCAGGGCUGUGUUUGGCUUGUGCUGGCUCUGCCCCUGAUCUGCCUCCUUGACAGUCUCAGCCAAUUCUAUGGGGAAGCAUUGUGAUUGGUCAGACCACCACUUCUGAUGAUGUCAGCAGGCAGCUGCAGACUUGAAUACAUAUAAGAUCUUACUAUAUUUUGGGAGGCAAGGGGGGACAGGUGGGCUGAAUGGUGGUUUUAACACUAUAGGGUCAGGAAUACAUGUUUGUGUUCCUGACCCUACAGUGUUCCUUUUAAAGCUAAACCUUUUCAAAGUUGAAUUAUACUGCUGGUACAUUGAAGGCAUAAUGGAAGCUCAUGUAGUCAUUAUAGGGUUAAAAUCUGGGUGCAAACAGCACACCACAAAACCCCACUCAUGUUUAGGGUGCAGGCACAAGUUUAGAUAAUCCCAGCGUUUCAACUGGAAGGCCUUUGUCAAUAGCUAGGUUCUUGUAAGUUGUUUCUCUAGACCAGUUAUUUGUUUUUAAAUUAUUUUGAGAUAUGAAUUUGUACCUUUUGACAUCUAUGAUUUGAUUCAUGUUACCGAUUUGCACACUAUAUAUUACUAUACUCACUCAUACUAAGUCAAAUUGAAAGUUACAUUUCUAAUUGGUAGGUGUCUACUUUAUCUUUUGGUUCAAUCAUGGACAGAGAGGAUGAUAACUUUUUGAUGUAAACAUUAUCCCUCAAUUUAAUUAGCAGUUAAUGAAUGUGUAACCUUCUGGGUGUUUUUUUAGGCAAUGCACAAUGAAGCCUGA